CUGUCGUCGACCGCGCGCGCGUUUACCGAAACACAAUACACGCGCGCGCGCCCGCGCACACGUCGUCGUAUACUCACACGAUAAUAUUAUUGUACCGUCUGUCCGCGGUAUACAUCGCGUGCCUUUACCGCGGUAAUCGGUCCGUUAUUAUAAACAGCAUAAAUCUUUAUCGUUUUCGGAACGCCGACAGUGCCGUAUAACGGUUAUCUAGAGAAUAUAUCUGUAUAGCUGUGCGCGCCCGAGUUUUCAUUUUAUUACUAAAACAGAAAAAAAAUAUAUAUAUAUAGUAUAUAAUUUAAUAUUAUUAUUAUUUAUGUAAUUAUGUGUGUGCAUUCGCGUCGUUUUCGGCAUUUUAUCCCCGACCGAUCGAAUACGGCACGUGAAUAAUAUGUAAAUAUAUUUUAUGUACAUCGUUCCGGCGACACGACCAUACUAUCUCGGUAUACCGUCAACGUGCCCCGGCCGGGGGAGUUGUGCUCAUAAUCGAAAAUUGCACACCCACUUCCGAAAUAGCCGAUACUAUCGAAUACCGCGAUUUUAACGGUGAGACUUUACUUUUUUUACCCCUAGUUUUUCCGCUUUCUUUCAAUUUUUACGAUCGCCUAAAUCUCAACAGAUCUACCAUAAUUCUUUCGUCGAUACCGUUCAGGUCGGGAUCCAGGCCGAACAUGCUCAACAACAUCAGUUUACUCGGCUCGAACAUUGUCGGUGGUAAGUGCGUUUAUAUUAUUCUAUUAUGUUUUAUUUAUAAGCAUGUACAUAUUCUUAUUGUAUAAUAUAAGUAAUAAAACUAUAAUAUCAGUUAACCGAGGCCUGAUUAACCAUUAAGCUGAAAAGGCUACAGUCUAAGACGCCAAUUGGCCAAUGUUAAAUGCGAAAUAGGGGGAGGGGAACGCAAUAAAACAAAUUGAUUUCUUCUUAAAAACGUAUAUCUCUAUAAUAUAUCAGUGACCAUAGACGUAGCCGGAUCUUUUUUUCGGGGGGUAUGCAAGAAAAGAGCUCUAUAUAAAGAGAGCUUAUAAAUAAAAGGCCAUCGCCAAAUCAAUCACAGCCUACUGCUGGUAAAUUCAUUAAUCAGGUCCCGCAGUUAACAAAUUUAUAUAUAAUAAUAUUCGAUAAAUGAUUCGUCGUGUACCUAUAGAUGUGAUUAUAGUAUACAUAAUAUACAUACAAUACGAUCAACCGUUAGGUGUGGAGAUCGGGAUUUAUGCAAACAGUGUCACCUCCUUAAAUUUGAACAUUUAAAAUACAUUUAAAUAUUUAGUUUUAAAUGCUCGUGGGUACUACUAGACUACUCAUUUCGUGUGUUGUCAUGUCUUAUUUUUUUUUUUAAUCUGAUCGUUUGAGUCGUCUGAUAUCUUGCGAGUUAUCGAGGAGUUGUAUAGCAGUUGUAUUAAGCUUCAGUCUUCUUGCAUGUUUGCGGGCAAACCGGGUAAUUUCAUCCUGUAUAGAUGUUUUUUCAAAUGGCGGUGGAUGAUAUCGUUCUUAUCAUACCGUUAUGCUGUGAAAAUGGUACGAAAAGCGAUACUCUAGCAUCGUUGUAUUAUUUCGAUAUUAGACUUACUGGCACAACCCCACAGUUGAAUACCAUAAAUCCAAAUGGGUUUAACAAUCGAUAUAUACAAGAGCCGUUUGCUGAUUAGGUAUAGCUCGGAGUGUCAUCCAACUAGCUAGUAGCUAGCUAGCUUUGUGCAUUUUUUGUUUGGUUCGCAACUUUUUCUAGUGUACAUGAUGUUUCCUGUUAAAUCGUGAGUCGAGAUGCAUUCCCAGAUAUUUUCUGAAUCAUUUUGCGAGUAUAUCUAUUGAUUUAGCGUGACUGGGAUGUAUAUAGUUUUUACGUAGGGUGUAGUUAACGUGCAUCGACUUGUUUCCAUUCAUUUUUAUUUCCCAUCGUUUCGUCUAAUCGUAAACGGUGUUGAUUGUAGGGUGUCAGUCACAGCUUGUUGGUCCUUCCUUGUUUAUAGUAUAACUGUGUCAUCGGCAAACAUAGCUAUCAUUGUGUUCUCAUAAGUUGGAAUAUCAGCUGUAAAGAGAGUAUAGGUAUAAAAUAGGUCCAAAAACACUACCAUGAGGUAUUCCAGCUGAUAAUAUACUCUUCAAAUUAGAUAUUGCUUCUUCGUAUCUUACGCGAAAAUGUCUCUCGGUCAGAUAUGAUUUGAGGAAUGCGCACCACGUGUGCGGGAGCUACUCACGUAGUUUUAGUACUUUGGAAUAAGUAAAUUUGUAACCAAACCCCUCCAUCAAUUUUUGUAAGCUCUUUGAAAGUGGUCGAAUCAGAUAAAAAAUUGAGAAUGGACUUUAGGUAUAUCUGGUGCAUAUACAAGUAUAUUUGCUUCACGGUUAGAUAACCGUGAGUUAGAUUUAGUUUAGAUACCAAGCAGAUAAAACCGGUAAAACCUCUCACGGAUCUGCUUCCUCAGAGAAAAAGUGUGUUGUACGAAAAAUGACAUAAAAUAGAUUAUGUGUAAUAUAUAAUAUACGUAGUCGCAGAGAGUAAGUUAAAUAUAAGUAUAUAAGUAUAUAUUAGGUAUCUCAAUUAAUGUUAUUUAUUUUUAAAAACAUACAAUUAUAAACAAUCAUUUGUACAGUUAUUCUACAACAUAUUUCAUUUAAAUUAAUAUACUUUUAUUAUAAUAUUAAUAUAUUACAAGGUGUUGCAUGAUGUUGCCCGUGACAAAUUAUAAACACGCGUAAAUAAUAAAAAGAGUAGUUUUUCUCCGUGAAAAACCAAUGGAAACCAGAAAUGAACGUGAACAAAAGGCUAAUACUGCUGAUUAGUGUGUCACUAUUGUAGAGAGGAAGUUGGAAGAAAGGAUAUAUUUAAGGGAGUCAUUUAAUUUAUAUCUAUACGCAAUGAUAAACUAUUGCUAACAAAAAACGAUUCUAAGCAGAGUAUUGUUAGUCGUAUUGUUUACUUUGUAGCCAAGAUAACUCAGAAAUCAAUAAAAACUGAAUAUCAAGGAAAACCAAAAAUGACUUCAUCAUUACACCAAUACUAGAUUAAAAAUUCUAUAAAGUUUUUGAUUGGAGCAAGACUUUUGGUAGAAAAGUAAGUUUUCAAACACAAAAAAAAACCCAUAUAUCAUAGUAAAAUCAAUACAUUCCUCGUUUUUUUUAGAAUCUAAAAAUUUAAUUUUCAUAUUUUAUGAAUGCAUUUCCUUUGAAAUUUCUAAAAAUCUAUUUUGAUGACAUGCAUCUACAUAUUAAAUAAAUUAUAAAGAUCCUAUUUUUUUCUCAGAGAUCCAAACCUCUGUGAUAAAACGUUAAGUUUUUAUAAACACGAUCAUUAUCUUGAGUUAGUGAAUUAUAAUACCUAUAUUCAUUAUUCAUAUUCUCUCUAUUUCUUGGAUCGUUUGUGCGACAACUAAUAUUCUGUCGUUUUGAUGAAAUUAUUAUAGUUAAUGAUGUUUUUAUAUAGAAUUGCAUAGUUUCGUCCUAAUAUUAUUUUAGAUGUAGCGAAGAAACUAUUAGUUUUCCUACGAUGUGGGUUUUUUUCGCGGAAAACACUUCUGUUAGUAAAAAUUAUCUGGAUUCGUUUUAUUUCAAAUCUUUAAAGGAUACGGAUAUUUCUCCUGAUGGUUAUAUUUUUUUUUAAUUAAAAGUAAUUAAAAGGAAAUAGACUUCAAAUCAUUUUUUUUAUUUGACACUUUUUGGACUAACAUAGAUAUUCUGAUGAUUUGUGAUUAUUUAUAUUUAUUUAGGUAUAUUAUACAGGUGUUUUUUUCUCUACACCUAAUCAAUUAUUAUUAACUGUCAUUUUUAUUUUUAGUUUAUUUGUAUAUAAUUAUUUUUCCUCAAUAAAUAUUAUCAUUUUUUAAAUUAUUGUUAGUUAACAUGCAGGAAAUGUUAUAUCAUUGUCGUAUUAUCUUUUGUAGAAGAGGCGUAUUCAAAUUGCGUCCAAAAUUUAUAUUUUAUCGGAGUUUAUCUAGUUAUUAUUUUUUUCACGAAAGGUCCGUCUCGCGGUGCAGAAUAUAUUUUUUGCUUGCGUUUGAAAAACGAAAAAUAAUCAAAGAGGAAAACGGGGAAGUGCGAUAUCUGCUUUGUAUCUACUUUAUGCAUUUAAAUAUUGCAUUGAUUCCUGUUUUAUUUCAAUCUAGCUGAUAAUAAAUAUCACUGCCAGCGGAGUUUUCUAUCCACGAAAAGCUAUUGAAUAAGCAAUUGUGAUCAUACCUAUAUAUUUAGCCAUGGACAUUACAUUGCCUCCGGUUGAUUAUAUUAGAAAACUCGGGUUUUGAUAGGACGGUCGGUUAAAUUAAAUUUGCAACGCCAAAUUACCCCCGUACCACUACGCACCGCGAACACGCGCCACACAUAAUCAUCGCGCAUAACCCACCGGGCGGUGCCAUCGUAUUCCGUACACCCGUUCAGUCUUCGGUCCAACCACAAAUAUUAUCGACGUCUCAUCGUCCACCGUGGACACAUUUAACCAGAUUUUAAUUUUUGAACACUUUAUUUUAACGAAUUCAUUUGUUUUUUGUUCACGUGUACCGCAGGCCACAAGGACUUCGAUGGUCUCAAGCACAGAUCGCUACAUCAGUUGCAGACAGGCAGCGGUGGUGGACACGGCAUCGGAGGUGACCAUGGACUCGGUGGUGGUCACGGUAAUAGCCACUUGCAAGGCAACGGUCCGUCACCACCGCAGCUUUCCUCGGUUGGUGGUGCAGGUGGUGGUGGUGGUGGCGGUAGCGGACCGUUCCGGUUGUCGUGCGGCGGUUUCGAUCUGUCCACUGCGACCGGUCACGGGUUGGCCGCCGCUGCGGCUGUCGCUGCUGCCAGCGGUGGAGUUGGAGGUCCAAACGUCGAUGACGUCGGCAAGCCGAACAAGCAAAAGAGACACCGGACCCGGUUCACGCCAGCGCAACUCAAUGAACUGGAACGGUGCUUCAGUAAGACCCAUUAUCCGGACAUUUUCAUGCGCGAGGAAAUCGCUAUGCGAAUCGGUCUCACCGAAUCCCGAGUACAGGUAAUAAAUAAUUAACCAUCGUUAGUAUUUUGGAUGGUUAGAAAUAUUUCUGUAGAAGUAUUUGCGAGCCUUGAGAGCUAACGCGCGAUAUAGCGAAAUUGUGCACGAAAAACAAACGAAAGGGUUAUUAAAACUUAUACAUUUUGUAGAUGAUAAAAUUUUGAAGAAAAUCACGUCGUCGGUGGUUUAUAAUACUAAAUUGAACUUGUGUCGAAGAUACAAAAAAAUGGUAUUUAAAAUAAUUGUAACUUUUUUAAUAAUUAUAAUUAUACAAAAAAACGCUGAUGAGUUUGUUUUCAAUAUAUUUUAUAUUUAUUUCAUCUAAAGGUUUUACAACAGACGUUUUAUCUCUAUAAUCGAUUUUAAAUGCAUUUUCGUUUGUUUUAUGUGAACACAAUUUUGCACACAUAGGUAUAUAUAAAUAUUAAUCGACGAAUGUAUGAAAUAUGUAUAAUUAUUAUUAUUAUUAUUACCAUAAUGUUAUAAACUCAUGCAUAUUGAUUAUUAAUUUUAAAAAAAUUAUGGCACUACCCAACAAUUAAGUAGCAGGAAUUGUGGCCGCAAUCUUUGAAUUAUACAUAGAUCUGCGCCACUGAAGCGUAUAAGAUCGGUAUAUUACUGCCGCCAUCUUGCAAUACGUACCUACUAGCUAGUACCACCUAAAUAUAAUUAAAAUCUUGAAAAAUAUUAGUAUAAAUUCUCCUAGAAACGUUUAGUCACCAAAAAAUCCUAUUUAAAUCGAUUUCAUAUAUGCUGUGAAACCUCUCUUCACGGACACUUUUAAAUAACAGACACCUACAACAGGUAGACAUUUAUUUGGAAUCUGGGACAUUUUCACUACUUAUAUAUAGGAAAACUUCUAAAUACGGGACACUUAUAUGGCCAGUUUAACUUUUAUUUUUUAUUUUUAAUUAAGAACAAUUGUGGAAUGUCUAGAUAAAAGUAUACACCCAAACUUCAUAGAUUUUAUUUUAUUACAUUUUCACGAAAUUAAACUUAUUUUAUCAUUCCAGUCUUUGAAAUGUUAUCGCAUCGAAGAAAAUAUUUUUUUAGUCUAUGUUAUGUGAAGUUGUCCUAUUGGUAUUUAGUUGUGUUUAUGAUUCUAAUAUACAAACAUAUAUUGUAGUACGUAAUGUUGAGUAAAAGAAAACAAUUAACUUUAAAGAGUGGCAUAGCCAGAAUUCUAAUGUUGGGAGGGCAACCUUCAAUAAAUACUUGAAUAUUAAAAAACUCUCUAGCAAUAUAUUUUAAAAGUUUAGAAGAGGUGAAAAUUUGAUUAUAAAUAAAACUUAUCAGUUAUCAAUUAUUUGUGCCAUUGACAACAAAAAAAAAUCUAUUUUUUUCAACUAAUGCCAAAAAACAAAUUACAAUAAUUUUUUCACACAAAUAGUAAAAAAAAUUGCUAUUUUGAAGAAGAGAUUAGGGGUGACAGUUGUCCUUCUUGCCCAUCUAUAAAUAUGGUACUGACUAAAAAAAUAAGUUGACAAUCUUGAAUUUCGAAUAUGUGGACCACUUUGUGAUCAGAAAACAAAUCGUGGAUAUCAUAGUAAAUAAAGACACUCGUUAAAAAAUUUAGGUUGAAAAUGGAGAAAAGAUAUGCGAAUAGACAAAGCUAAAGAAAACAUAAAUGUCUCUCGUCGACAAUGAACUGUUAAACUUUGAAUAUUUCGAGAAUAAAAUUUAUCAGUUGAAUAAAUGUUAUACAUAGUUAUUAAUCGACUAACGAAAUUCACUUUAUUUUAGAUUCAGAGUGUAGCGAGGGAUCUAUUGAUUUUACUAUGAUGGGUGUUUUGUUUUGUAUUAAGAUAAAAUUUUCAUUCAGAAAAGGUGUUACACUUGAUACAUCUGAGCAAAAUUUCUGGCAGAAAAGUUACUCCCAGACCCGCUCCGAAUUUAUAAUUGAGUGUAAUGUAGUAUUUGAUGUUUAUAAAUUUUAAUAUUAAAUUUUGACGAAAAUCUUAAAUAUUCAAAAUAUUACCUUUAAAACAUAUAUAAAUAACUUCAAAUUGGCUUUCGUUAGCACUUAGCAAUGGUUUAUCGUUGCUUACAGUUAUAAAUUAAAUAACUUUAAAAAUAUCUUACCUUCCCAACUUUCCAUCUACAACAGUAGCACGCCAGUCCUCAGUAUCGGCUUUUUGUUCCCACCUUUGGAUACCGGACACCUCCAAAUAGCGAACAAAAUUUUAAACUUGAUUUAAAAACUAAAAAUGAAUCCAAUACACUAAAUAAUAAUUUACAAUAUAUUUUUUUUACUAUAUUGCUUAUAGUAUCACUUAAUUUCUAUAUAGAUUAUAGACAUAAAAUUUGUAUUCAUAAUAUAUUUAUAUCAUUCAAUAUGUAAUUUAAUUAUUUUUUGCCGAAGAUUCGAAAACACCAAUUUUUAACACAUAUAUUAUAAUAUUAAUUAAUUAGUAAAUAGAAAUUCAAAACAUUAAAUAAUAUAAUCAUGACAAAAUAUAGUAUGAGCAUCAUGUGUACGUUUUCACUUCUGGCCUAUGUCGCAGUUCUCCACUUAACUAUUGGCAAUGUUAAUGUUAGCCAAUAAGAACUGGAGAAAUACUACGGUGUUAUUACCGAUAAUAGUUAAAGCAAAGAAAUAUUUGAGCACGGUGUGCGUAACAAAAAAUUGCGACCAUAUACUAACCUAACUAUAUUUUAUCACGAAUAUAAGAUGGAAAUUAAUUAAUUUCUAUUAUAAAAUGCAAAUCAUCGAGAAUUGGGUUUUUAUUGUUAUUAAAUAUACAUUAUAUUAUCGUGUUUUAGGAUUUGUCAAUAAUUAUUAUAGUAUAAUGUAUGUGAAAUCAAUUCGGUACUAAAACGCCCCGGGACUGACAAGUUAUUAUUAUGUUAUAUUAUUGUUCUAACGGACACGUUUUUGGGCGAAAUAUUAUAAUGUUCGACUAUUUGUCGUAGAACAGUGCCCGGGCACCAGUAAUAAUUUUUAUUUAGACGGUUGUCCGCGGGACGCACGGCGUGCACGUGUCACGCCCGGUCGCUUUUGUCGACGGCAACUGAAGUGUCUGUUUUUGAACGGCCGGGACGAAUAAAACCUGCAAACUAUUCGAUUGUAAUAAAACAAUAUAAUACGCGCUUAUACGUUUUAUAUAAGACGAAACGUUUACCGCGCGAGCCGCGAAUUAUCAUUAUAGUAUACAACGGCGUUUACCGACGGCUACCGUUCAGGCGGCGACCGACCGUGUGAGAGAGGCGUGUGCGCCAGGCCCGUCCCCCGUUGUCACCUUUGUCGCAGACGGCCGCCGCGCCACCCGUCUUCGUUACGGCGGCGGCUUCCCGACGCCUCCCUCCGGCAACGGAAUAAAAAUAAAAUAACACCCAUCGGCCACCUCCGGUGCCACGCGCGCCGCCGCUUUUUGUUUUAAGGGGCACCCACUCCCCCGACCGUCCGACCGGGCGUACACGACUCCACGCUCCACGCGCCGCCGCGGCGACUCGGCACACCUAAUAAACAGUGAUCUUACCAAAUCCUAGCGACUGUUUAUCAAACUCGCAGAUUGCUUCUCCCUCCCCCCCCCCUCCGUCUCACUAUAUUCUUGCCCCAUCCACUACCGAGAUAUUGCCGAGAAACAUAUUAUUAUGUUUUUUUUUUUUUUCGGUCCCCGCUAUAUAUGGUUAUAUUAUUUGAACCCAUGCCGUUUUUCGGAAAACUCAAGAAAACGAUUUUUAAUCAAAUAAACUCGAAUUCGCGCGUGGCAUUUAAAUUGUAACUUUUUUUUUUUUACAAUUUAAUGCUAUAUAAUGCAAUACAAAGCAAGUAUUUCUUUACCUAUAAACAAUAUGUGAGACUCGUAUAUUAUUGCUCGUAAAUAACAAUAUUUGGUCGUAGAUACAACGUACUGAAGAGAGAAUCAGGGAAUUCAUCGGUCAGCCCGAGGUCACCGAUUUCAAUUAUUAUAUAUAUAUAUAUUAUAUACGUACUAUACAUUAUACAUGUGUAAUAAUAAUUAUUAAUUAUAACCAUCUAGAAUAUUAUAUACGAGUAGUGUUGCAAAUUUGAAAUUUUUUUAUAUAUAUAGUAGCAUAAUAUUUAAAUUAAAAUUUCAAACAAUUCUUUGUAAAUUUUAAUACAUAUUCCACAUAACGAAUACUAAUUAUCGUGAUUAGGGUAAGGAAGUUUAUGCACUAAAAAAUGAAAAAAAUAUGUAUGACAAACUGGCAAAAUAUGAAUCAAAAAAAGUAAUAUAAUUAUAUAUACUGCAGAUAAGUGUCAUUUUUUAAACAAAGUAACUUUUAAAUUUUAACUUAACUUAAGUUAAUAUUUUCCUGAAAAUGUUUAAUUUAACAAAUUUACUCAAAUUAAUUAUUACCUAUACUAAUGUUAACUUUAACUUAGCAUAGUUUUUUUUGGAUUUCUUAAACUAAUUUAAACAAAUUGGUCAACUUUACUAGCUUUGGUAAACAUUAACCACCUCACAUAUGACGAUUGUGGCUUCAAAUGUCAACUUAUGACAACUUAAUGACUAAAAGCUUUUUUCUUAAUACCCUAUACAGGUAAAUAAAUACUAACUUUGUGAAAUAUGAAACGCGAGAGUAAAUAUACGAGACCUGCAGAAGGUAUAUCUAAAUUUGAGCAGAUUGAACUUGUAAUAUUUUAGAGUUUUAUAUCGUUAAAAAUGCUAUAAUAAUUAUUAAUUUUCAUUCGACUAUAUUUAACCUAUAUUAAAUGUUACUAUUUUUAUUAGACCAUUAUUAAAUUUAAUUCGGCGGGUAUCAAAAAACGUAUUAAUCAUCCUGUGUAUAAUACAAAAUAUGCCAUGUAUCUUACAGUAUAAUAAUAUUAUAAAAUUAUUCGAAAUCAUUCCUGUAAAAUGUAAAUCUACUAAAUAAUAUUUAUAUGCUAUUUAUUCAUAUGCUUAACAACCGUUUUAUUAAAUUUGAUAUAAUAUAUUUAUAUGAUAAUAGUGAUGCAAACGUACGUUUAUUACGAAAGUGGGUGUAGUCACUGUGGUAUUUUUCGAUAGGUAACAAUAGCUGAAUUGACUUGGCGAACUCCUCCCCAGUCAACCCCAAAAAUCAAAUAAAACAAUUUCCGAUAAAAUAUUUGAUGAAUAAUAAUAAUUAUGUUAAACAAAUUGUGUUAGGCUAACGACAUUCACCCUCUUUAUACGAAUUGCGUGUAGUAUAAUUUAAUUAUUGUUUUAAUAGGCAUAUUAUAUAAUUGUAUUUGUAUUCUAUACACAUAAUGCAACUAGCAUCUUCAGUUUAAGUUUAAUCAAUUAUAAAAAUAAACCAUAUUAAACUUGUAGGAAUUAACAACUAUCUACGCACAUUAAUAUUCAAUUGCUGUUCUAGUUAAAUAUACUAGAAAUUUAUAGUAUACUUACUUAAAUGAACACUAAAAUGUCGAGUGUAGGUUGAAACUUGCGCUAGUGGCGUAUUUGAGUCUUUAACUUGGGGGGAGGAGGGAAAAUUGUAUUGAUUUGUAACUAUAAAUCAAUUACAAUUGUUUUAAACGAAUCUUAUCAUUAAUUAGAACUUAAAACGCUUGUAAAAAAAUUAUAACUUUAGGCUCAGAUAUUUUUUUUUUUGAUUAUAAAGUAAAACUUAUGAUGAACCUUGUAUGAAAUAUUUGAUCUUUUUUAAGAAGCUAAAUACUAUAUAAUUUCAAUUAACUAUAAAUCAAUUAAACAGCUUUAGAAUAUUUCCGAAUUGAAUUAGAUUUAAAGGGUACUAUAUAAGUCUUCAUAGGAAAUUUCAAGUUACUAGGAAUACUUUUACUGAAUUACAACAAAAAAACAAAAUCAACAGAAUCUAUUGUUCUAUAAAUAUUUCCGUUUUUUGACUUUUAAUAUCAAGUUUCUCACAUUAUAAAACAAAAUAAGAAUUAAAUCAAAAAGGAAUUUGUCUAAUGUACCUACUAAAAAAAUUGUCUACGCAAAAACUCUUAUUACUUAUUAGAGUAAGAUUUCUAUUAUAGUUAUAAAAAAUGUAAUUAUUAUUAUUAUUUUUAUUUGUUUUAUUAAUUUGUUUUUUGUAAAAAAAUCUCUUGGGAGGGAUUGUCUUUAUCGCCCCCCUCCUCAAAUGUGUUACUGGGAUACUCGCAUAAAGAUACUUAUCUACGUAAUUUAUACCUAUAGAAAUUUGUAUAGGCAGUCUACGUAGUUUCCAUCCAAUUGGAUGAAUUCUUUCACUUUUCAUGUUGCAAGAAAUAAAAUAUUUUUAACGUGUAUUUAUAUAAUAAUGCUUCAUUUUUUUAAGAUUUAGCAUUUGUUCUGGGCAAUAAAAUUCCAAACUCAAUACAUAGUUAAGAAAAAGUAAGGCAUUUUCGUAAUAUGUACAGGUAAUUCUCGUCAAUUAUUUUGAUAUUUCUUUACACGUUUAUUACUAACAGUCAUGUAUCUCAGCACUCAUAAACUGUACGACAAUCUGCAGUAGUACCAGAUGUAACAUUAGGUAUGUUUUAGCAUUAUAAACCGUUUAUACGUGAUUAUAUUUGAGGUUAUUUAUAUUAUUCAUAUUGAUAUUAUUAUUAGUUAUUCAUUUAUUAUAUACCUACGCCUACCAUAAAUAUAUUGUAUACCUUCAAAUACGAGUAUAUUUCGUGUUAGAGUUAGGUACAUACCUUUUGAUAAGAAUGAGUUCCUAAAAAGAAAAAAGUUGAUGAAGGAUAUUAUAUAUAUUGAUAACAAUGUUAAUAGUGUUAUUAACAUCGUCAUCAACUUUGAUAUUGUUAUCAUAGUCAUGAUAAGACCUAAAUGACACCUGAAAAAUUGAAAUAUAUUAAUUAAUUCGAAAUGUUUAUUUUUGUUUGAAAGGUUUGAAGAUUUGAAAGAUAGCUUGUCGAAGAGUGGAUCAUAAAAUACAUUUCUUAUGAAUUUUACGUGAACUACUCUAUGAGGCUAGAACCCAAUAAACGUUUUACUAUUUACUUGAAUUCCUACAGUAAAUUGUAUCAAAAUGUUGCCAACACCUUUUUUUUGAUAUAACCAACGAUAUUUAAAGUAUUCUCCAUUGUAACUACAACUAGUAUAAACACUAUAUAAUUUUCGCAUUUGUUAAAUUAAAAAUCAUUAUAUUCAUCGAUUCAUCAUAUCAUUCAUAAAUGUAUGUAUUAUUCCAAAAAGUAACCGAAUAUCAGUAAACUCUUUUUCCAAUUCGAAAUAGAUGGUUAUAAAAUCCACUUAACUGUUUACUAUAUGAAUGAAUUCGCAAAAACGUUGUUUGUAAUCAAUUAACUCACUAUUGAAACACCAAAACUAGCCUAUUUUGAUUUAACUUCGCGGGUUAACGGCAUUAGGUAUGUAGGUACUAGAAGCUUGCACGGGCCAACAAUUUUUGGCCCGGCCAAGUCCGGUAUUUUAUUGGCGUGCAUGGAAAAUCCCGGGCAGGUUUAAAAAUAUUUUUCAAAGCCGGGAUUUUUCGCUAACGUAUAAAUGCCCACCCCGGCCUGGAUUUUUCUGAUCAUUUUUUAAUAAUUGUACUACACCAGUCGUAUUCUUGUUGGACUACAGAUAGUAUUAGGUUAUAAAUAAAAAUCUAAGAAAUGCCCAAUAUGUAUAUGUAAAAAAAAAGCUCUGCCCGUAAUAGAUCUAAAAUUUAAAAGCCCGGUCUGGCCCACUUGUUUCUGUACAAAAAGUCCAAUCUAGUCCGGCCAGUAAUAUAUUUAUAUUUGAAACCCGGCCCGGCCCAUGUAUAUUUGUAAACAAAAAUCCAGUUCGGCCCGGAUUUAAAUGUAAAGAGCCCGGGCCGGUCCAGGCCAGGUCCAGCCCUUAAAGGUCUUUAGUUAGUAGGUUAGGUUAGGUACGUUAUAAACGUUUAAAGAAAUACCACGAGAAUUGCCAUUAAUGCCAUUAGUAUACCUUACUUUAUCCUAUAUUACUUAUUAUUUAAUAAUUUAUCAUAUACAUAAUAAUAUAAUGUAGAGGAAUAAAUUAUAACUAUCCAGGAAUCGAGAUUUAUCCACACACAGAUGCAGGGAAUGAAGUAAUUAAAUAUUACUAAAAUACCAAUUCAAUAGUAAUCAUGCUAUAGUAUAUAUGACAGCGAUUUGUAUUAAAUAGAGGAAACAGACCUGCACUUUGAUUUCUUUCGUGUGUAAUAAUAGUUAUUUAUUUGUCUUCUAAACUUUUAAUCGUGUACGCGCUUUAUAUUAUACUCGUCCGUGAUCUUAAUGAUGAUAUAAUAACUUCUAUACACCGAUCAAUAAUAUCCCAAUUUCGAAAACCAUCCGAGUAUAUACGAUUGCAGUGAAAGUGAAUUCAAUGUCGUUUUCACGUUCAAAUAUACAAAUCGUAUACGAUUUCAAAAAUAAAUCCCCGCGUCAACAGUUUACUCUACCGUUUCCAUUACCUUGUAUAUAAAUAUAUAUAUAUACACAUACACAUAUAUAUACAUAUAAACAGAAGGAGGGAAAUUUUAAAGUACACACAUAUAUUACAAUAUAGAGUAUAGACAAUAUUCCGCGUGUACACUGACGGUCGUUUCGAUUUAUAUCCGUUUUAACAAAACUGCUGACAUAAUAUACUAUAAAGCACGAUAUUUUUCAUUUAUUUAUUUCUUAUAUGGUAUUAGAUUUAUUUUAUAUCGUCGAUUAACCAGCAAAACCGUGUAAGUCACAAAUAUUGACUAUUUUUUAAUUCUGAGCGAAGCAAGAAAUGUAUUGGUUUUACUACAUGUAUUUUUUUUUUUUUUUUAUCUAUAAAUGUCUUCUAUUAAAAAUCUUGUUUCAAUCAAAAACCUUAUCGGAACUUUCUUGCAGAAUUUUUUAUCUAGUUGGUUUACAGCGGAUAUUAUUUUUCGAGUUUUUUUUGCCAUUUUUUUGUAUUUCCAAUCAAAUUUGUCAAAAUUGAACUACGAAGUAGUAACGGGUAGUCGACGAUAGAUAAGUUAUUAGUACAUAUAAUGUACCUACAGUUCACGUAUCGACAAAAAUUUAUUGAUUUAUAGAAUUAAUUACUAAUCACUUAUUUAUUCUAAUUUAAUUAUAAAGUGCACAAGUCUUAUAUUUGAAACAAUUUUAAAAAAAGACAAUAUUAAAAGUAAAAUGUUUUUAAAAUACGCGAAUGAGGAUUUUUAUGAUUUUCAUUAAUAUCUAAAAUUUAAACGCUUAUACAAAACUGACUGCAUUAGGCUAAACUUAUUUCUUUUAUCACAAAUAACACCAUAUGCUGAAUCUCAUAAAAUUUUCAAGUUGGCCAAAAUAAUUUUAUCUAAAUAAAAUCAAACAUUAGUUAACUAAAAAUACUCAAAAAUAUCGAAUAACUAUAAAUAGCUCAAGAAUUGCUAGAAUAUUACAACGUCUAAAAAAUACUAAACUAGACUUGUAUGUGAAAAUUACAGGUCUUCGGAUUAUUUUUUAACAAAAAACAAAAACGAAAAUGAUGAUUUCAUGGUUAAUGCCAAAAACAUUUUCUUUUUUUCAAUUAUUAAGAAAACUACAUGAAAAUUAAUUACCAAUAAGACAAAAUUUGUUUUCAGAAAAUAUCCUAUACUAAAUCAUAAAAACAACAAAAAAGUUCUACGACGUUGAUUAGAGAUAGAAUUUUGGUAGAAAAGCUGUUCAUCGAUUCUCACCAAAAAUAAAAAUAAUACAUCUAAGCACAUCAUAAUAAAACCAAUAUAUUCAUUGUCGCAAUGCAAUUUCAACUUACUUUUAACUUACUAGUUACCUAGUUUAUACUGUAACUAAAGUACUUAACCAGAUGUACUUUUCCACAAAUAUUGAGUAACUUAACCAGUUAUUUAAAAAAAAUUUAAAAGCUAUUCCAAUUUCUUUUUAAAUAAACUAUUCAUUGUGAUGUACACAAUUUGCCAAAUUUGUAAACACUCACUACAAAAUAUAAUAAUACAAUUUAAAAUUGACGCUAGGAGUCUCAUAAAUGAAAAGAAUAAAUAUGGUAUAAAAUUAGUAUUGUAUUAUUGGUAUACUGAUAUUGCGUUCUGUGCAUUUGUACUAUUUCUCAUUCAUAAAUCAUAAUUGAUAUGGUAUAAUAUUUUAAUGGUUUUAAAUUAUACAUCGGAUAAAAAUUUUGGAUUUUUGAACUCUCCCGUUUAACAAAUAUUUGUUGGAAAUUAAUUUAAGAAAAUAAUGCCGUCAAGAUUUAAAAUAUUUUAUUAAUUGUAUUUAAUAUUUUAUUUUAUUUUUCAUAUACAUAAUACAUUUAUACAAAUCGUGUACCUAUACAUAGGUUCAACUAGACUACCAACUUUGGGGGUGCUAAAAUUAUGGAUAUAUCAAAAACCCACAGGGACUAUGCCCCCACAAUCUCCUUUAAACGAUUCUUACAAUAAGCAACUACAGAUUUCAUUUAAAAUGUUGUAUAUAGAAAUUUAUCAUAGUUAUUUUAACAUUUUUUUUCUGAUUGUCUAUAGGAAAUUUUGUUCUGCUCAUUAAUUUAUGAAUUAUAUGAAUAAAAUGUUAUUACUAUGAAAAACUUAUUAAGAUUUUUCGAAGGUCAUAAUCUUAAUUAAUAGUGCUAAAGUCCCCCUAGCAACACCCUUCCAUAGUUGCGCCUAUGCAUGUAUAUAAUUUGUAAUGUUUUUUGUAUAUUUUAACUUUUUUCUAACUGUGUCCUUACUUUUUUUAGUUAAAAAUUAUCACGAACUUGCCCAGACAUGCAUUUUUGCUCGAUCAAAUAAAUUAUACUUAUAUAAUACUACAUAAAUACUAAAAAGGCUAGACAGUUUCGAAUAGCUAUUAUAAAUAGCUCAAAAAUCGCCAGAACAUUAUAUAGGUACACAAAUCUGUAUUGCGAAAUUUUCUUCUUUUUCACUACGUUUUUUGGAGGUUUUCCAAUUUCUAAGAAAACUACGAGAAAAUCAAAAAAUAAUAUCCUUAAUUUACCAACUAAACAACAUUUUCUUCUAUAAACCAAACUUAACGUUGAAGAUCAGAGUAAGAUUUCUGAUAAAAAAUUGUCCGCAGAAACAGCAAAAAAACUUAGUAGGGUUAAUCUAAUACAUUUCUCACUACACUCAGAUUCUAAAAUAAAUAAUAAUUGCAUAUACUUGUAUAUUAUAAUUAAAAUGCAUAUACUAUAUGUAUGAUACAAAUUUUGAAUUACAAUAUUAUAUUAUGUAUAUACAUACAUGAUAAUUAUUUUGUGCAAUACUAAUUAUAAUAUAUUUUUAUAUGAAAUUAAAUAUCUAUUACCUACCCUGUGUUUUACCAAUUAAUUAUAAUUUAUUAUAUAUUUGUGUAGGUAGAUCAUUCGGUGAUGGAAAAUAUAAUAUAUUUAUAUUAUAUUUCCCUAUUAAUUGUUGAUAUUUUAUCUCUUGUUAUACUGCAACAGUGUCAACGCACAUAAAUACAUAAUUAAUUAAUAAUUUAAAUUUUAUAUUGUCAAAAUAAUGUCAUCCGAUGUGAAUAUCAUCAGGUUCUUUAUAUCUCGUCCAUCGAAUAACUACCCUGACUCCCCGUAUCCCUCGGGGAAAACAUAUAUUCAUUUUCGUUCUGAUAUUAUAUUCUCUAAUGGAAAAGUGUUACUGUGUUAGUGACAACGGAUCACUGACACAAAGCAUCACGCCCUAUACCGUAUAAAAUGCAUCAUAUGGCGCGUCCUUUUCAUUUGACUUUGAUUGAUUUUACAAAAUGUAUUUAUAUAAUAUAAUAGGGUUUCAUUAUUGAUAGACACUAUUACAGGCAGGUGCCUAUAUAAAUAUAAUGUACAAAAAAUAUAUUAUGCCAUCUAUAAAAAAAAUAUGAUUUGAAAAAGAAGUAUACGGUUAAAAUUAAUAAAAUGUUGAUUAUAAUUAAUAUAAUAUGAUGAUGGUAUUGUACAGUAAUAGCAAUCAUGAUGAAUUUCGAAAUAUAAAUAAAAUUGGAAAAUCUACCUUUAUAAUAUAUUAUGCAGAAUGUGUUUAUGUACAUUGACUCUUAACAUAAUACAGCUAUACGAUUAAAUUUUUAUUUUUAAUUGAUGAAUAUACGUGGGUAUUAAAAAAAAAAAAAAAACCGCUAGAUAUGAUUUGCAUAUAUUAAUACAGUAGUAAUAAUAUAACCCGUUCGCAUACCUAGUGAAUUAAUGAAAAAUUAAUUAAUUAUUGUAAACACUUUAAAUUGUGUGUGCUUACAACAGAUGGAUGGAUGGAUGGUUCGACGGAAAUAUAAAACAAGGUCGGGCUAGGUUAUUAAAUAUGGGAGUGACGCAAAUCUCAGGGGUUAUAGGUUACAAUAACUGGGUUUAAUUCCCCAGAUUUUUUUUUAGUGGAUGGGUGAUAAUCGUUGUGGUUCACCAUUGGUGAUAUAUUUUCGUCUGUUAUAGCCACAGAAAUGUCAGAUACUAUUCGUCAUUUUUCAAUUUGAGCAAGAUCUUUGGUAGAAAAUUUGUUCACAAAGAAAAAUACACAAAUCGCACACUUCAUAAUAAAACCGGUAUAUUCCUUACUCGUUACGCUCAGCCUCAGCAUCUACAAAAAAAAAAAAAAAAAAAAAAAAACAGCUAUAGUAGUAUGGUAUUAUAUUGCAGUAGGUAGUAUUCGUAUAAUAACGAUGCGAGGAUACGGUCUGGGUGGCGACGGUAUAUAUAGUCGAGACGGGUGGCUGAAAAAAAAAAACAUUUAUUUACCAAUAUGUAUCAUCUAUAUAAUAAUAAAGGCGAACGAGCGUGGGGGGAAAAGUUUUUACUUUUUAAAAGCAAAUACUUGUCCUGCGCGUGCUGCUGUGCGCCAAAGAAAAACUAAAGAACGACGAACGACGCGGCGUCCAUACGAUGGCGUUGCGGUGGUGUGACGUCAUACACGCACACAAAAACGCGCGCGCGUAGCGGCUAUAUAUAUAUAUAUAUAUACAAUAAAUAUAGUGCGGGGCUGACGACGAUGAGGGCCGCGAGCUGAGUUAUAACGUCCCCGGAGAGGAGAUCAACACUAGUUAUCCAUUGUGGUCGACGUCGGCGGUUGUACGGUCUUUCCUCCGCCGACGCCGCCACCACUAUAAUAAUACUAUCACCGCCGCCGCUGCCGCCGUUGACGGUAAAUUAUAAAUACGCCAUUAAACCCUGUCGCGGCGUCGCCGUCCUCGGUGGCAUCCCUCGCGCGCGCCAUACCGGCACAUGAUAAUAUUAUACGUCUCCGUGCCGCCGUUGUCGUUUGUUGCCGGCGCGCAAAUCCCGCGGGUGUGAUGCGUGCGCCGGUACCGACUGCUGCUGUUGCUACUGUUGUUGUUGCUGCUGCUGCUGCUGCUGCUGCUGCUGUAGUUGUUGCUGUUGCUGCUGGUGUUAGUUGCUACUAUUCUGCUAUAACACAAUAUCUACUAUACCUAUUAGUGAUAUUUUUGCCAUUUCUGCUGCCAUAACCGUAUAGAUAUAUCUAUAGCUGUAACUUUAUUACUACCGGGUGUACUAAUGCUAUAUUAUAAUAUUAUCAUACACACAUGUGUGUGUGUGUGACAGAAGUCGCUGUAUGGGCACCGCCCACAUAUCGCUUUUCGCGCGUUUUUCUAUCGUGUUCGCGACCACUGCUAUACGAUAACGCGGUAGUCGUAUUUAGCCCGUCCCAUGAUUCUGCAUCAAAAUAUAUUAUUUUUCAAGUUCACCCAUGUGUUUUUCACGGAAAUCUAACAAAAUGUCCGGGGAUAGAAAUAUAUUAUUCCCGAUAAAUGGGAAAAACGGGAAAAUGGACGAAAUGUAAUAUUAUUAUUUUUUGUUUUGAUUCAGUUAAAAAUAUUUGCAGACUUGAGCUUUGGACAGAAAACUAUUUGCCAAGCAGAAAUACUAGAACAUGAGGUUCAUCACAAAGUCGUACUUUGUGGUCAAAAAGAAAAAUUUACUGUAAUGUAGAAUUUUUUUUAUAAGAAUUUUAAUAUCAAAGUUUGAAAGCACACUAUUCACAUAGCUCCAUUCAGAAUCAAUUUUCGUUAGCAAUGGUUAAUCGUUGGGUACAGAUAUACAUUAAAUUUCCCCUCUAUACUUUUCCAACUUUUCACUUAAAAUAGUGUCCCCCCACCGUGGGAAGUAUGUCCGUCUUUUGUAAUUUUAUUUUUCUUUAUUUGGACAUUUUUUUCUCAGACUUUUUUACCUCUGGACAUUUUUUCCUAGGACAUUUUUAUUCGGACAUUAUUACAUAGAUCCAUUUUUCAUUACCAUCGGUUCAGGGCUGGCUUUAAGGAAGGUCUAAAGAGCCUUGGCUCUAGAUUCCCCACAAAAUUCGACUUAUGUGGAGCCCCCACAGGUUAGUAACCAUCACAAAUUUGUUUACUUAUGAGUUGAAAUAGAUUAUGAUAAUGUUGAGAUAGCUUUGUCACUGAAUGGUAGUAUAAUAGCUAUGAAAUAUAACAUAUUAUAUUUUUUAAUCAAAAAAUUACAUGAUAUCAAAUUGUAUUAUUCAUUUCGUGAAAAUAUGACCGAGAAAUGUUUAAGCAUUUCACUAAGUGGAACAAAUUAUUUCUAUUUUAUGAACUACAUAUUUAUGUAUACAUAAUAGCAUUGAUUAAAUAUACAUGGACAGUCCAAGUCAAUGGACAAUAUGGGAACAUUAAUAUUAGUAGCUUAAGAAUGUUAAUGAAUAGUGGGCACAGUAAUUCCACAGUAGUAUCCACUCAAUAAUUAAAAUCGAAAUCAGGUAGACAAUGAAAAUAUACACGGGCGGUAAGGGGUACGCCGGCAAAAGGCCUUAAUUGUCAAUCAAACCGCGAUAAGAAGUGCCUAUUUCAAGAAUAGAUAUUAAUAUUGAAUAUUAUUAUUGUUUCUGAAUCUGACUAUUCGUUGUAUUAGUUUACAUUUUGAGUGAAGACAGCUCCUUUCACAUUAAACGGUUUUGAUCAUACCUACAGCAAAAAACUGGACGGUAAAAAUCCGAUCGGGAAAAUUAAAUUGGUUUGCACGAAAUUUAUCUAAUCAUUUAAAAAAAUCUUGCAAAUAUAUUUUUAAAGUUUUUGGUUUCAUUUUAGAUUCUGAGCGAUGAAUGUAUAUUGAUUUUACACUGUGUUUUUUUUUCUCUUGUGUCUGGCACCACCUUUCGGGGCAGUUAAAAUACUUCGAUUUUCUUCAUCAGCAUCUUUUCUGGUAGGGAAGUAGAUCUAGUUAGUACUUUGAGGGGUCAAAAGUGAAAAUUCCCAAUAGUUUUUAAAAGCGUUAAGAAAAACCAACAAAAAAUUAAGACAAAUCUGUGAUUAUUACGCAAAAUCGGCUUUAGACUAAAUCGAUUUUGGUUUUUGGUGUAACUCUAAAAAAAUUACCGUAGAUACAUGUAUACAUGUUACAUUGUUACAUGAUACAUGUUUUCAUUGAAAGUUUAAAUUAGCAAUUUCUAUAUACCAUACAAUUUUUAAAAUAUGUUGACUCUUUCUGAGCUCUUUAUAGGCAUAUAAAAAUGUCUACUUUUAUUUGUUUUUUUUUUUUUAAUUAUUGUCGAUAAAAAAUUAUUUGUUCGGUCAAAAUAAUUGGAAAUUUAAUACAAGGUUACUCAGAAGUUGUUGUUAAUGGAAAUUAAAAAAAUGUUAAGUUUAAAUCCACAUACAUUUAUAAUGAGCCUAGCGUCUACAAUAAGAAUCACAAAGUUCGUCAAAAUCAUGAAAAUUUGGAAAGUAUUUUAAGUUAGAAAUACAUACAUUUUUUUUAUUUGUAUCUAAGAGCCGAAAAUUUAAAACAAGAUUCUUCAUACAUUUUACAACCUUUAAAAAAUAAUGAAAAAAUAUACCGGAAAGUUGAACUAAUGUUUUAUGAGUGUUUGAGGUUUAAAUUUUUUUGACAUUAAAUAUUCAUCGGAUUUCUCAAGGAAUGAUUUUAUUAUUUAUUUGUAAUUCAAAAAUAAAUAACCAUAGAUGCUUGAAAUUUGACAAUUUUUUCAACAUUUGAACUUAACAUUUUUAUUUAAAAAAAAUGGGCAUUUUUAUCGUAAAUAUGUUUAAUGAUUAAAAUAAAAGUGUCAUCGUUGGGUGGCUUCUUAAUUCAAAAUAUAAUAACGUUGUUGCAAAUUUCAAUUUCAAUUUUGCAAUAAAUAUGAUAACAUUAAUAACAGUUAGGUGAUAGUUAUUUGGUCUUGGUAAAACAAAACACUUUCAUGAAAUUACAAAUUACUAACAGUGCAACCUAUUAGCAUGGCCCCACACUACUAAAUUUCUGGCUCCCAUUUCAUUUUAUAAAGCGUUAACGAAUUUUCCUAUCAGUUGGACUAUCUAUGUAUAUUUAAUCAAUGAUAAUAGUAUACAGAAUGGUUCUUUUAUCAUGAACCAAUAAUUUUUUUGGAGGAUUUUAUGUGAAUUUGAUUCUUGAAUUUUUUUUUUAAUCGUUAUGCAAUCAUUUAAGAUUUAUUUUAACACCAUUUUUAAUUGUUUACGCCUACUUCUUAUACCUGAAAUGAAUAUCAAAUUAUAAUUUUUAAAUAGUAACCCCCUCUUUGAACCACAAAUUUAAAUAGAGAAUAUUUUUCUAAACAUUUUAAUACACAGAACAUUAUAAUAUCAGAUUAACCAUUUAUGAGUUAUAAGUUAUAACUGUAAUAUAACUUAUAACAGUUUAAAACUAAUACUGGAAGAGUAGGGAAGAGUUAUUAUUUAUUAUUUAUCAUUUAAAAAUAUAUAUGCAACUACUCUUCGUUACUCCUCCUGUCUAAACUUUGAACUGUUGUAACUCAUAAACAGUAAAUCUGAUACAAGUGUUAAUGUAUUAUGCAUAUUAAAUCGUCUAGAAAAAUAUUAUUUAUUUGAACCUGUGUUUAAAAAGUGAAGGGAUUUUUGUUUUAAAAUCAAAAAUUCAUACUUAUUUAAGAUACAUGGUGUAGGAAUAAAAAUGUAAAAAUAGUUUUUAAAUAAACUCUAAAUCAAUCUCCAAUGGUUAAAAAAAAAAACAAAUCAAAUUUAUUUAAAAUUUUUACAGAAAAUUGCAAGUUCAAGAUAAAUGAAUUACCCUGUAUAUUAAUAUAUGAUAUAUCUAUUAAACAUUUUUAACUAGUUUAGCUAUAAAUUAUACAAUUAUUAACGUGUUUUCUUAUUACUAUAUUACUAUAUUUAGUUAAUAUAUUUUAAAAUUAUUCAAUAAAUUAAAUAUAUUAUUUUGUAAAUGAACCCUGGGAUCCAUUUUUACAACAAAAAAAAAAAAAAAAAAUAGAAAAGUUAGGUUUGACUCAAAGUAUUUUGAUAUAACUUAUGAAAUUUACUUUUUUACCUACUUAUUUAUAUUUAUAAAAAAACGUAUACUCCGACAUUGAAUAAAAAUAAAAAAUUGUAUAUUUUAACUUUAACUACUUUAUGCCACACCCAGUGAAUAUGUACUUAUUCCAGUAUACCGACAUCAUUAUACUUCCAUUUCUCUUCGAAUAUGUAUAAGCUGUCAGUAAAAAUAACAAAAAUAAAAUGUAUACUUAAGUAUGGCAUUGAUUGUGAUCUCUACAAUUUAUAUAGAUCUACUAAUAUUAUACGUUUUUUAUAAUAUUACUUAAUACAAUUGGCCAUGUAUACAUAUUGUAUUUAUAAUACACGUGUAUUCAAAAAAUUAUGUAGAUAUAUUUAUCAUACAUUAUUUAUUUAUUAAUUUAAUUACGACCCAAAAUCAAAAUGAAAAGUACAACUUAUUUACUUUAUAUGAUUGAUAGAGUUUAUAAGUAUAACAAUAAUAUACGAAUCGGAUAUUAUGAUAAAAAAUGUCUACAAAAAUUGAGUUCUUUAAUAGUUUAUUAAAUUAAUUAUUAAUAGUUUAAGGAAAAGAUGGUAUUAACCAGGUAUAUUAAUACAUCUAACGUCAAAAACCAUAAGUGUUAAUUAGCAUGUUAUCUACACACAAAAAAUAUAAAAGUACAUAUUAUAUACCUAAAUAAUAAGUACAUAAUAGGUAUAAUUCUCUAAAAUAUUGAACGUUUUUUUUAGAUUCUGAAAGUAUAGCGAGGAGUGUAUUGAAUUUACAAUGCUUUUGCUGUAUGCUUUUUUUGUAUUAUUACUAUUAUUUUUUUUUUGUGUUUGUUUCUCUACUUUUCUACCACAAAAUCGUCUUCCGAUUAUCCACUUCAGAAUUAGUUUCUGAUAUCAAAAGUAGUUUAAAUAAACUUCACUCAGAGUUUUUGAAUCGAUAAAUCAUUUUAGACAAAUAUAAAUUAAAUUAAAUGAAGUUUAUAUUAUUUAUCUAGUGAAUACACAAUACACAUGUAUAAUAUAUAUUAUUAUAAUUUAUAUAAGGAACAUCAAAAAUAAAAAUUCAAUAUUUAUUUAAUUAAUAUUAUUCUGUAAAGCGUAAAUAUAUUACUUAUAAAUUAAAAUAGAACGAUGAACCAGUUGUCUAUUUAAUACAAACACUAACUCAUUACCUACUAACAUUUCAGUAGGUAACUUUACAAUCCCACAAGAACGCAAAAUGAGUUUUUGUACUGUGUGGAAAACCGGAAGAGAGAUCAUUUAUUAACUUGGGCUUCCAUUAAAAUCUAUCUGUCACCCCCUCCACGGGAUGCCGACGGUAGUCUACACGCAGUUAAUGCGCAAACCUUGUCCGGGAACCUCAGGCUAUAUUGAUUCGGCGGGGUCUACGGGGCGGAUUUAGCGCACUCGCUGUGUUCUGGGACUUGCGCAAAACCCGGAAAUAUAAAAACAAAUGGGAAACGCUUAAACUUGGCCACGCCAAACAUUUUAUUUAUUUUUAUUCGUCUUUUCUGCCUCUUUUUAAAACAUUUUUUUUUUUAUCCUGAAUCGGAAAUGUCGUUUUUCAAUCGUCCAUAUUAUAAUAACGCCUCUGUUUAUUGAAAUGUAGGAUUACGACACAGAUAUUCAACUUUUGAUCACUCCUUUAAAACCCAGUUAAGACCGUGGCUUUAAACUGAGAAACUUUAACAGGAUACCAAGUUUACAGAUAUAUUUGUGCUUUGAAUAUUAAUGAGAUUAUAACUGAAUGGUCUAAAUAAAAUUGUGUUUACAAAUAACAAUACAAAUUAUUAAUUAUGUUGUAGUAGGUAUCGCCAUUUAACAAAUCUCAAUAAAUAUUUGAAUUUAAAAUAACAACUUGUAUAUAGUAAUUAAUUUUGUAAUAAUUUACCUUUAUACAUCUAUACUUAUACGUACUCUUACGAAUUUAAAAGAAUGAGUUAGACAUAAUUUACGUCGUGGGUAAGCUACCCAUGUUAGAUGAAAAUUCAGGAAAGUAUAAGGUAUUAGGCAAUUUAGUUUAUUAAUAAAAGCAACGAUAAAACCAUUACCAUGAUAAAAAAGAAAGAUUUUGAUAGGAGUAACCAAAUAAUGGUAAUUUGAAAACCAGAUCUAAAAUAGACAAUUAUUGUUAAAUAAAUCCAGUUUUUAAUUGUAUAACUUGUUUGAAAUUUAAAAAUUUUAUUUAUUUGUUUUAAUAUUAAAUUACUAAAUCAGUAUUCCUAAUAAUUAUUGUUGCAUUUUGAUCAUUUCUGAUAUGUUGCUAUUGAACCUUCCAAUCUGUCGAUCAAUGUUCAACAUUUUAGAUCUCUGUUGCUAUUUAUUUUUGUCAAGUUGUUCACUAUUUUAAAAAAUACCUCAGUUUAACACAAUAAUAGCCUACUUAUAACUAAAAUUAGUAAACUAAAACAGAUUUAAAUAUUUAAACUUUUUAGUCAAUAAUUUUAGCUUAUAUUUUAUUAUAUUCUAUAUAGGUAGAUGUGAAAUAACUAAAAAUAUUAUAACAAUAACUACCUAUUACUUAUUAAUUCGUCAUAAUGAAAUCUUAAUAAAAUUAUUAAAAAUCAUUUAUUAAUUUAAAUCAUAUAAACUAAAAGAUUAUAAUAACUAUUAUUUACUACCUUAUUUACUCACAAAAUUGCCGAUUUGCGUUAGUAAAAUAAAUAAAACAAAUAAAUAAACAUUAUGAUUAUAAUUACUAAUACAUAAGUCAAUGCUGUAGUGCAAUGGGGACACAUAUCCCUCAGAUAUAAUUCGUUAUAUUACUUAUUACAGUUAUUUUAAUGUAUUUUAUCAAUCUAAAAAUAAUAGGUAAAAAUAAAAAAUUAUAAAUGCUCCCUCCUCGAGUUUUGUGGCUACUGACAUAAGUGUCAACUAUCUUAUCAAAAAGUAAUACUCAUAAAAAUCAAGAUUAUUAUUAUUAUAUAACAAAAUAAUUUAUAUUUUAUAAUUAUUCAUAUCUUUAAAUGCUCGUGACAAGUUUUAAAAUAUGGUUUACUAACAUAUUAUUUAACUUAUGUGAAAUCGUGUAUUUAUGGGAAGGUCUAGGGGUACUGGAUACCUUAUAUUAAAUACCUUCCAAAAAAUGCCCAGCCACGAAACUGUUAUAAUCUGUUAACUCUUCGCAGAAAAAGUUGAAAAUACGCCACUAUCUAUGGCUUAUAUAAACAGAUCUGUUGAUAUUUAACUGAAGACACUGUGCAUAGAUACUGUAUAAGUUGAGAUCAUAUUAUAGAUUUAACGAAUUGCUAAAUCUAUUAUAGUAUCAUCAGUUAUCAUGUUAUCCACUGUAGUAUAUAAUGUAUUUGAAUAAAUAUACUGUAGUAUUUGUAUGUUGUAUAUAUUUUUGGAUUUAAUGUACGAAACAUAAUUAAUUAAAUUACUGUACUGCGUUAUUGUAAUUAAAUCAUAUGUUACUAUAAUUAAAUCAAUUAUACUGCAUAAUCGUAUACUUACGAGAACUAUAGGUAUCAAACAAUUUAUAGGGAUUUUAACAUGACGAAAAGGGUUUUAAAUUAUAAUAUAUCAUGAACUAUAUAUCACUUACAUGAGUGGUAUAUAAAUAAGUAGCUGACUUUUGCCAGCUUCUUAUUUAUGUUUCCCCGGAGCAUGCGUUGAUCAGACCAUCAUUGAUCUCCAAAUAAAGAAUAAUGAUCUAUCUAGCGAUUUAAAGUUUUUUAAAUAUUAACGCACAUGCAAACUAUAUUUUUAAAUAAUUUUCUUAGAAUAAAUCCUAAUAAAAAAAAUCAGUUUCGUAGUUCCCAUUUUCUAGGUUAGUUACGGGGGUACAUCCCCUCUCUCCAAAUCGUUUUAAAAAUUAGUUUUGUUGAAUUUUAUCAUCCUUAAAAAAGUAGGAAUUACAAAAAAUGACAAGUGCAAUAGUGCCCCCUCUCCGAAAUUGUUUUCUGGCUACGACAAUGUAAAAAACCUAUUUUAAAAUUUAUUGCAUACUGUAUACAAAAUAAAAAUAAAAUUAAAAUGUUAAUAAUUUUACAAAUUUGAUUUGUCUAUUUAUUGUACGAAACCAUACAUUUAUGAUACAUUUAAAAAACAAAUAAAAUAAAUUAAAAAAUGAUCUUUUAAUUGAAUCAGCUAAACCAGUGGUUCUCAACCUUUUAUUUUAUUCGUGUAACCUUUAUUUACGAUAAUCCGACACUGCAUCGCCUUACUAUUAAAACAUGUAUAAUGCAUUAAAUUUCUAAGUUUUAAACUUUUUUUGCUUCCAUGAGGAUUUUGUGUCACCUUAACAGAAGUCCAUAUGACCCUAGUUGAGAACCACUGAGCUAAACAAUCCCUACUUAUUUUUACCAGAAACCAUCACAAAAAUACACUACAUAGUAAAUCUAUCAUAAUAGAAUCUAAAAUAAAUUUAUAUGUAAGUAAAACGUUUCAUUUUUCUUAAAUUAUUAACCCCUCAGGUUAUGUUGAAUUCAACUAUUUUAAGGAACAUUAAAUUUUGUUUUAACUCUUAUAGUCCUUCUUUUAUUUUUCCAAUUCGAGAAUUAUAUAUAUAUAAUAAAACAUUACAAUAAUUUGUAAAAAUUGUAUAAUAUGUCCACUAUAACUUGUAUAAUAUUUACCUAAUGAAAUUUAAAAAUGUUUAUAGUUACGAUUUUUACUUUCAAAUGUAGCUCUAUAAUAAAUCAGCCAAUAAUAACAAUAUGCGUUGUAUUACCAUCAUCAUAACAGUAGUAUUAAACCCCUUGUUCCGGUCAUCAUCCCUUUACAUAUUUAUGAUACCGCAUAUGGGUUUUUUAUUUCGGACGGAUGUUGAUUUAUGACUGGCUAUAUUAUGUGCACGCUGGGUUAACGCAGCGUUAAUUAGAUAGUUAGAUCCGCGAGGUCAAUGUUAGGUUGGGGUCGCCCCCAAAUCGACUAAACCCUUUACAUAUUUUUUUGUCCAAACCAAAUGAGGUUUAAAAUUUAAUAAAAAAUCAAAUCCAAUCAAAAAUCAGCUGGCACAUAAUAUGAGUCAUAAACACCUGACAGAUAGAUAAUGAUUACCAUUAUAAUAAUAAACAAAUGAAAGCGAUGCAAACGAUGCUUGCAACCUGAUAGUUAUAUUAAUUUUAUUUUUCAAUGAUAAUUGAGAAUCCACAACUUUGUGGUUGAUUGGGAGGGGGGUUAAGUGUUACUUAUUUCACGGGUCAUUCCCGACCAUUGCCUCUCUUUUUUCUCCUUGGGGAAAUUCCCUUUUUAUAACAAUAUGUAUAUUGUAUAUAUAUAUUAUAUAAUAUAUAUUUUGACCCUCGUACAAAUCCCGAAAUAAUUUUGAGUAUUAUUUGGCUACUAAGCCAUCCAAUGGCAUCCAGAGAGGGUUCAAUUUUGCUAUUUUUGUAUUUUUUUUUUUUUUUUUACUGUUAUAUGUAUUUGUGUGAAAACAGAAACCAGGCUAUAAAUCUAUUGGUCCGCAAAUCCCAAUUGCGUACACGUUAUGUUAUGGUGUUAUAUGUGUAAAACCACGAAAUAGAAGGAAUACCGACUAAAGCAUUUUGUUAGGAUUACCAAAAAAAAUCUCUAAGAAAAAUACACAUCGUCCCCUUCGGUCAGUUUUUACAGUUUUUAUUGUGUUGCGCUCCCCACUGUAUUUCCCAGUUUUAUGAUCUUAUACGUGUUAUUAUACUCUACCACGUAUAUUUUAUCGUGGUAAAUAACUAAAUAGUUAUAGAUAAGCAAGUACAAUAUUUUAUAGGUUUUACGUAUCCUCAAACAAGUACCUACAGCUUAAUGUUAUUUUUUCUGUUCCACACAUUAUAUAAAUUAUAAAUUGUAAAAUAAUACAAGUUAGUGGUGAUUAAUAUAUUUAUAUACAUAUAUAUAUAUAUAUAUAUAUGUGUGUGUGUGUAUCAAAUAUUAGUUAUACAUAUUAUAUUACAGGCAGUACCCUAAAUUACCUACACUAAUAAAGUUAUUAACUUGAAUGCCGUAUCUGCUAGGUAUUAAAUAAGAUAUUACUGAAUUUAUAUUUUUGAUUUUGUACCUUGUAUGUCAAUAAUUAUUAUCAAGUAGGAAUCGGUAUAAUGUGUAUCUUAAGUUAUGAGCAUAGUAGACACGUAUCCAGAAUUUUUUUCUGGGAGGAAGGAGGGUAGGCUGAUAGCUUUGUUUAAUAAAUACCAUUACAAAGCUCAAGAACCCGUCCUAAGCCGUCCUGAAAAGCCUUCUCAUUUCCAACCAUCAAUACGUCUCAGGAGCAAAGCGUUUAACUAUGAUGUGAUAUGUUUUUAAUUUUCUUUUUCUGUCUGUGAAAAAUUAUCAAAAAUCUUGCUUCUAUCGUCAACAUCUAGUGAUACCAGAGAGGUGGUUUCUGGUGAUAAAUUUUGUUUAGUUGCGCAUUGAGGCAGUUAUUUUUUGAUUUUCCAAAAAAAAUAUUUCUUUAAUAUUUGGAAAAAAAUCUGGUAUAACUGUUUCUGUUAUUUUCGAUUUUGUUUUUUUGUAUUAAUUCAGUGAAAAAUACUCUGGAAAUUUCGAACUAACACUUAUAUUAACACUUUUUAAACGUACCCUGGAACAAGUAUGUAAAUAUUCUAUCAUUUUUUAAUUAUUUUUAAUAAUUUUUAAUUUUUAAACUGUCGAGUUUUUUUUUUGUUAUAUGCACCGGUACCGUAUUUAGGUAGGCUUGCCUCCAAUAUAAUCGUAUUUAUACCCCUCCCAAAAAUAUAAUUCAGUUUUAGGUAUUUUUGUGACUAAGAGAGGGGGGAGGGCUUGUCGACUCAUCCUCAGUAACUUCUGAAAUCCUAGCUACUACCCCAUGGUUAUUUUUGGCUUGAUACAGUAAUGACUCAAAAAAGGAGGGUAGUUAGGGUAGGUGCCUAUUUGGAUAUGAAAGUAAGUUUCCCCUCUUAAAGGUAUUACCUUUUUUUAUCAGAGGAAGUACAAUUAGAUGUCGUGAGUAUAGAUUUAACAAAAUUUAAAUAUCUAAGUAUCUAUGAGGAACAUAAUUGUUCCUCUAAAAUAAGUCUAGCCAAUUGUAGAGAAUUGCUUUAUUGAAUAUUAUUGUUUAUCUGUCGCGAACUGGAAUGCGCAUCUGGGCUGCAAAACACUGAAGAUGGAAAUAUACACGCAACUUAUAUUUUUGAUGGCGCUAAUGGUUUUUAUAAUAAAUUCAAGUAAAAACAUUUAAAAGAAAGACAUAAGACGUAGUUGAAUAUAAUACGACAAUUGCAUUUCAUAAGUAUUACAGUUCAACAUGGUUGGUCGGAGCCUAAGUCUAUGUUAAGACUAGAUCGUUCUUAACGGUGAACUUAUAGUGUUUUUAUAGAAUGUGUUGAAUUGAGAUUGUUUUUGUUUAUUGAUUUUCAAUUAUACAUAAUGUGGUACACAUAGUUAUCGAGGUACAAAAGUAUAAGUAUUUUGUUAUUUACAGAUUUAUAAGACAUUAAAUAUAGCACAUUAAUAUAACCGUGUUCUGAUACACGGAUAUCAUAAAAAUUGAUCAUGAUUUAUAAUUGUAUUUUAAUAUAAACAGUAUUAUGAGUAAUUUGUUAUUCAAAUGUUUUAUCAAAUAUAAAAUAUAUUGUAAUAAUUAAUACACGGGUGUAUCAUUACAAUAUGCUCAAAAUUUACUCAAAGAUUUUUCAUAAAAAGUUGUUCUUAUGACAAAUUAAAAAUGUAGAAAAUUAUGUAUUCAUGAUUUUUUUUCAUAAGCAUUAAAGCUCAGAUUUGUAAUAAAACUCAGGAAUAUCACCGGUGUUUUACCAUUUAUUUUCAAUCUUUUUUUUUUCUUGUAAUCCAUUAAUAGAUAAUUGAAGAUUGGAAAUAAAUAAUGGACUAAAAAUUUGAUUUUGAGUUAUUCUUGAUACAAUCUCACCAGUGGCCUCAGUACAUAGCUCUCAUUUUGUUAUGCCUUAUACACACUACUAUUAUGGUCGUGGAACAUAUUAUCACUCUCUAUAGGCUGUUGACGAUGGUACAUAGCUCAGUUUUUCGGGUGUAACUCUUUUUUUUUUUUUUGGUACUUAGUUCGUUAUUGAUUACCAAUCUUAAUAAUUAUUGUAGACACUUGAAAUAAUCGACGAAAAUCUACGUUUGGAUAUAUUAGCUUUUCAAAGAUGUGGUAUGAUUUUAGAAUAAUUUUUGGUAUUACUUGGAUAAAAAUAUUGUAAUUUAUUUUUAUCAGUAUAUUGAGUUAAAAUUUAUAUUAAAAUUCAUUAAAAACAAGAACAAUUGCAAUUUUGUAGCUACAAAUUAAUAAAUAAAUGUAUAGGUACUCUAUAUAUUUGCUAUAUCUUUUAACUUCCCACCUAUAACAAUCUUUCAUCCAUUGUGUAAAGUAUGUUCGGCUUUUUGUAACGGUUUUAAAAUUGUAUAGUAUAUACUAUAUAACAUAUAAGUAAUAAAUAAUAGUAUUAUACGUUUCUAACUUGUAUAAUCAUUGGUAUGUAUCUAUAUAUAAAUUGAAAUUGAUUAUAGUACAGCGUUUAUAAUAGUUGAAACUUUUAAAUAAACAUUGAGCAUUGCAGGAUAAACUUUUUCUGUGUUCCUUUAUAACUACAGUUUUCGAGUGUUCAAAAGGAGUUCGCAAUGAUGUUCGGGAAGAAUGGACAAUUGAUACUUUUAAUAAGUAAUCUAUACCGGCUAUACCUAUAGAAAUUAAAGUUUUUUUUUUUUUAUUGGAAACAAUAAAGUUAAGCUAAUAGAAAUAGAAAUAAUGUAGUAAGUAAUAUAUGUAUAUUAUAUAUGCAAUAUUGGCACCGAUUAAAUAUGGAAACAUUUAACAAAUAUUAAAUACCAAUUGUGUGGACAGGUUGCAUAUAAGUAUUAAGUAUGUUUUAGAAUUUAGAAUUUAAAAUAUAGCUAUAUAUGAAUAUAUGUAAUUAGAUCAAAUAUGUAGGUAAACGUCAUAUAUAAAUAUAUAAACACACGAAUGCUGUGUUUACACUAUAGCUGUAGUGCGUAUGUUGUCUAAAAUCGACACGUCCAUUUUUGCGGUGAUACAGUAAAAUAUCUAUCGAAAUUGAUAACUGAUCUUAUCUUUUAAUAUUCAAUAAAUAAUAAUAGUCUUUUAUCUGCAUGGUAAUUUAGAGAAUUCGUUUUUUGGUUUUCAUGCGGUUUUCAUAAUAUCUGGGAAAAACCGGAAUAAAAUGUUGGAAAAACGGAAAAUGUACGAAAUGUAGGUAUUAGUAAAAAACUAUUAUUGCCUUUUUUUUCUGUGCACAACUUUUCUACCAUUAAUUUCGCUCCGAUUUAAAAUUAUAGGACUUUUUCUGAAUGGAAAUCUGACGGGAAGGUACUUUAAGAAGGUAAUUUUUCGAUUUUCCCAAUAAAUGGGGAAAAUCGGUACAACAUUAAACAAAUAUUAUUAAGAAAAUAUAUAAUGCCUAUUUAAUUAGUUUACUACAAUGUGACAAAACAUCACUAUAAACUGAACUGCCCUCAGAAUGCAGCAAUGGUUUAUCGUUGUUUAUACAUAUGCGUUAAAUUACCUAUAACAGUGGUUGUACCCGUUUUCAUUAUCUUAGGAUGUCUUUUUUUUUUUACUUUUGUCAUGGAGAUUGCUAUAGAUUUGGUAUCCAAUAAUUUUCUUCUGAUAUUGAUAUAUUGUGAAUACUAUCGAGUGUACGUUAUUAACACCACUUUUUAAUUGCUAAAUCUAGAAAAUUAUAUAUAAUAAAGUAAAAACUAAACUAUAAUUAAAACUAAAUAUUGAAGUCAAAAUGAAUGGAAAAAUUUUUUUUACAAUACAAUUUGCAGAUAGUGGAAUAAUACACAUUUGUAACACCAACAUUUUAUUAAAAAAUUAUUUUCUUGGUUUUUUCUAAAAUACAUUUUUAAAAAAUUCUUAUAUUUAGUUUUGAAAAAUAUAUCAAGCAUAAGAAUGAUAUCCCAAGAACCUAGUAAGUAUUACAAAUAAUAAAAACCUAUAAAUACUGAAAAGAACAAAAGUUAUUGCAUAUAUCACAUCUCCGUGGGACACCCUAUAAUAUAGUAGCGGUGUUUUCAAGCAAAUUGCACCGGGGAAGGUAAUAUUAAAAUAAAAUAUUUUUCGAAAUCGGUAUUGAAAAAUAAAGAAAUUAGAUGUUAUGAUAGAAAAUUCGGAACAUCAUACGGAGCAUGGAGGAGGAGACAAUUAUCCCUUUAUCCCUACCGCCUCUAAGGGAUACUUCCAGUGUAUAAUUGAUCUGACUUUUGUAUCAUGAAUUACUGGCUACCUAUAUUAUCAUAGAAUGCGUAUUUUGGAACGAUAAAAAUGAUACCUUUUUUUUGUAACCGGUGAAAAUGUAAACAAUUUUGUAGGUUAAUAUAUACUAUAUAUAGACCAGCAAUAUCAUAAUAAUCCAUAUUAUUAUUCCCUGUUCGGCACUGGAUUUCUAUAUACAUUCAAGCGAUAAAUUCACAACGAACGAAUAUCCGUGCGGUAAAAGCAUAGUAUAUAUAUAUAUAAAAAAACACGAAUAUUUACAACCGGUAAUAAUGGUUUUUUUUUUUUUUUUUAUUAUUAUUAUAGGAAGGUAUAUUAUAUUAUAUAGUGACAUACGUGACAAAACACGGCAUACAGUAUGUAGGUAUAUUAUAGAGGCCCGCGUAAAAAUAACGAAAUAAAAGUCAAUAAAAAAAAAGCUUUGAUGAUUCCGUAAUAAUAUGUCACCCCGUCAGUCGCGAUCGUAUAUAUUAUAUAGGUAUACUAAGCACGUUACUGGGCGGGGGAGGGACGUUCGCGCAAGCACCGGCGUAUUUUACGAGCCGUGAAAAGACGGGUGUCGACGCGGCGAAGGCGGCAGCGAUUGAAGUCUGUGUUGGUCGACGUCGGAGAGCAGUUUAUUGGUUUAUGAAUUUCGUAUUUGUGUACGCGCGCGCGCCGCCGCCACCGCCGCACGAUAGACGCGGUCCAACAAGUCGCGACCGACGACGACAACGGCGACGGACGAGGCGGAGGAGAAUGUUAUUAUACAGAAACCCGGACGGGCGCUUUCGUUUGUUUGCGUACACAUAUUAGAAUAAUAAUAAUAUUACACGUGUGUGUGUGUGUGUGUACGUUUUACGGCCUCUAACGCCGACACGAAACGAAAACGGUAUGAUUUCACCAUUAGCGGAUUAAUGGACACACACACACGAACACCCCGACCCCGACCCCGGCAGCGGGUACAGACCGAUUUAUUACACCUCUUCUUCGCCCCGCUCGCCGCGCGCGCGCACCCUAACCCCGGCGGCGGUGCACAACACGACACUAUAUUAUUAUACGUGUGCAGUUUGUAUACACACCAUAUAAUAUAUAAAUAAUAUAAUAUACGUAUAUUACGUGAACACCCACCCUCGUCGUCAUUUCUCCUGUGGUGUGUGUGUGUGUGUGUGUGUGUGUGUGUGUGUGGGUAUGUGUGCGUCCGUCCGUCCGUCUGUCCGACUUACGCGCCCUCGCGGGGUUAGAGUAAAUUGAACGCUAAAUCGCGUACGGUCGCCGUGAGAGAGAAAAGGGCGCGUGAUUUUCCACUACCUCGGCAAUACCAACGAGUUUGGUUAAACGCAUGUGCAUACAUAUAUAUAUGUAAUAUCGUCGUGCGCAUGCCUGUACAAACUCGCGGUUUAUAAAAAAAAAAAAAGAGCUGAUACUGAACAUGGGUGUGUCACUGUUGUUGGUGGAAAGUUGAGAAGCUGUGAUACAUAAAGUUAUUUAAUGUAUACCUGUUAUCUGUAAUCAACGAAAAACGAUUUGGAGCAAAGUUCGGUUAUACGUGUUUUGAAGGCCGCAAUAUUUAUGAUUUUCGUCAAUAUUUAAUAUUGAAACUCUUCUAAAAAAAAAAAACUAUACUUGGGCUAAUAUUAUUAACUAAAUUACAACAAAUAACAAAACUAAAAAUAAUAAAAACAUUAUUUUCAUAAAUUUCGUUUUAGUAUUUUUCAGAUAUUCUGAAAACUGCUUAGAAAAUCAAAAAAUGACCCCCCCUUAAAGUACCAUUUAGACAAUAUUCCCUUUCAGAAAUGGUGCCACAUGUACAUAUUGAAAAAAGACUCCUAGUAGACAUUUUUGUCAUAAUAUAAAAAAAUAACAAUAAUAAUAAUAAAAUAAACAUCUUUGUAAAACCAAUACAUUUCGUUACACUUAGAAUCUAAUAUUGAAUGUAGACAUGUAGUAUAAAAUUGCGUGCAAAUUUUAGUAACAUAAAACAAUUGAAUAAAUAGAAUCUGGUCAGUUUUAUAUGGAUAGCUAAAAAAUGAAUGGUUCACAAUAUCACGGAAAAAUAAUUCGUUAUAAAGUAGUUUUGCUCUUAUAUUUUGUAUCUAUGAGUCCCAUUAAAAAAAUGCUCCAGAGGCCUUUGUUGUGCCAGACCGACACUAGAUAAUGUUGUUAUCUUUAAAUUUGUUAAUAAGUAAUUUAAGGUUUAGGUUAGGUUAACAUUAGUGGUGCACUCUUAUAACGCUUGGAAAAUCAAAAAAAUGAUCUCCUUAAUGCACCAUCUAGCUUCAAAAUGCAACUAAGUUCUCUUGUCAUUUUUUGAUUGAAGCAAGAUUUUUGAUAUAAAAGUUACUCAUAGACACACGCAAAACAAUAAUAAUGAUAAAAUCGCACAAAUCAUAGCAAAACCUAUACGUCUCUCACUCCACUCAGAAUCAAAAAAAUUAAAAACUGAAUUGCGACGAAAGCAAACAAAAAAUAUAAAAAUACUACGAUUUAGAAAAAUGAAAUGUGAUAGAAAAUAUGUGAUAAAAAAAACAGUCUUGAACUGAUACAGAGGUACGUUAUCUUGAAUAAUAGAAUUUACAAUAGAAAUUUCGGAAGCAUCUUUAAUGGAUGCAAUUUAAAAAAAAAAUUGUAUACACGUGAAUAGUUUUCACAGAAUACUUGUUUUUUCAUACAUUUUGUCGAUUUUUGAAUCAUUUAUAAGCAUUGGACAUUUUAGAAUUUGUUUUAAUUUUUAUUAGCUAUUAUAUCUUUAUAUGAAUAUAAUUAUUUGAGCCAACAAAAAUAAUUAAAAUCUUAACACAAAGUUCAUAAUAAGUUGUACUUAUUGGCUGAAAAAAAAAGGGUCUAGCGUAAUGCAAUAUUUUUUUAUGGGCAUUUUACGAUCAAUAUUUGAUGAAAAUCGUAAAAUUUAUGGCAUUUCAAAACACUUGGCUAAGUAUCGUUCUUUUUAUUUGUUUUCAUUCAGUUAAAAAUAAUCAUAGAGACAUGAAGUUUUCACUAAAUUAUACUAAGUUAUAUUAACAUUUUUUAAACGUAAUUAUAUUUUUAAAACAUUUUGAUGUUUUUAAGUAAUAGCCAUUUUUAAUUUUUUUUAGUUUUUAUACAAGUAAAAUUUGUUUGUCUUUUCAAAAAUAAUUUAAAAUUUAGUACAAGAUUCAUCAUAAGUUGUUCUUAUUGGACUAUACAAAUUUCGAAAAUUUCUUUUAAAAUCAUUUAUACCUACAUCAAAUUUUGAUGAAACCCUUAAAAAUAAGGUAUUAUCCAAUUGACAUAGAUAAAAUUAUUUUGACUCAAAAUGUUCAGAAAUUUGAGACGCAAAAACAUGAACAAUUUAUUUUUUAGUUACACAUUAAUAAAAUGUUCAUUAAUUUAAGUUUUUUCAAAACAUAAUUAACCAACAAUGCUCACAAUUUUUUUCACAGUUAUUUAUCAUACAGAUAUAAAUUAAAUUUCUCUAUAAUAUAUAUUAUAUUCUUCCUUCCGAACUUCCUGUCUACAACUGUGGCCUACUCAUAAGCAGUAUCAUUUUGUACGAGGAGCGUAGCGACGUACCUUCAGAACACCCGAAAUGUAGUGACUUUUUUUUGUAAGCAUAUAUUUUAUUAUUAAACAUUAUUUAAAUAAUUUAUUUAAUAUACACGUAAUGUUUUAAGUUCUUUAAUUGAAAGUUUCAUGACUAAAUAAAUAUUUUGGAACAUUCAACUAUUUUAUUAACUGCACUGAUAACAAUCUUUACUAUAUAUGCGUAUUAUCACGAUCGAACUUAACGAAUUUAUAAAUAUAUUAUAUGUUUGUGACGACAUGCCACUUAUUGACUAUAAUAAUAUGCAUCAUUACAUUUUAACAAUUUAUAUGUUAAGUUAUCUGAUAUUACACACGUAACAUCUAAUCGAAAGGAGGGUGUGACUCUGCUGAAAUCAGAAGGCAUGAAUAAAUUGGUUUUCAUUCAGUAAUCCCUGGGUCACCGGGAUUACAGGAUUAUUAGAUAUAACCCCUCUACUUUUAUUACUUUUCACGUACCGAACAUACGAAUAUGGGGGGUUCAUGUCUUUUGAUAAAUUAUAGUACAAAAUUAUAACUCUCCGAAGCCCAAAUAUUGUGCAUUUAUUAUUUACAAAAUAAAUUAGUAUACCGACAGUAAAAGCACAUUAUUGCAUUUCUAUACUAUUCCGACUGUGUUUAUAUAUUCAAAUUCUGCAUUUGAGUUUUUCAUUUUAGAAUUCGUCGAUUACAAUCACAUUUUAUUUAGGCGAACUUUAAUCUCAAAAAGUAUUUAUAAUUCAAAAUUGUUGUAUACAAAAUGUAUUUUAUUUUUGCUAAUAAGGUCUGGUUCCAAAAUCGAAGAGCAAAAUGGAAAAAACGCAAGAAAUCAACAAACGUUUUUAGGAGCCCUGGCGCUCUGUUACCAUCCCAUGGAUUACCACCAUUUGGGUCUAUGUCCGACGGUCUAUGCCCCACCUCAAUGUUCAGCUCUCCAGACACCAGAUGGGGUGUAACCAGCAUGGCUACAGGUUUAAUAUAAUUUACCUAAUACCAGUGUCUCGUUGUAGAAAUAAAUUUCAACUGGAUUUGCUUUAGUCUUAUAUAAUUGAUUUUUAUGAAUAGCGAUAUGUGCUUAUCUAGUUUAAUUUUGGCGUUCAAAAGUAGAUACUUAUUAUAUUUAUAUUGUAUACGUGCAUACCAAGUAUUAUUAUUAUUGAUCCAUUAGCUAUUACCUAUACAUAAUAAUACCUGUAAAAUCUGGUUAAAUGUAAAAGAAAUUUGGUCCAACUAGUCUACCAUGUCUGUAAAACAAAAAUAACGCGAAAAAUCACGUAAGGAAAUGUCACACAUUUAUUUAGAAUUAAAAAAGUUACACAACCUUUGUGACAAAUGUAACUUAAUAGUUAAUCAAUAAACCUUAGUAACGUUAAAUGCCAAUUCCACCUAUUAUUUUUAACUUAAAACGAAUUAUCUAGAUGACUUAAUUAUUUAUUUCAGAUAAGUAAAAGUUCAAAUGACUUACCUGUUUCCCAUUUUGGGUUUUUCAUCUGGAUAGAAGAUAAAAAUAAAAAUUUACCUUUAAAAUACAACACUAUUUGCUAUUCACGGAUGUUUCUAAAUUGUAUUUGUAUUUUUUUUAAGUAAACUGAUAAAACGCUUAUAGCACAUUCAAUAUGUUUUUUUCGAUAUAAUUAUUAGUUUAUUAACUAGCUGUUUUAGUGCUGAUGUGCCGAUUUUUAUUUGUGUUCAUAUAUGAUUCAAAUAUUAUUUCUUUCGAUUAUCUAAAAUAUAAAACGUGUUUAGGGCUCAGUCAGCUAACCAGCGGCACUGUUACCAUGAGCGGAUACAACCAUCAGAACUCGUCGCUCAGCUCCAUGCCAAUCACUACGAUGGCUACCAACGCUCAGAAUGUGUACCAGGCCCACUAUGGUCUUAAUUCACUAGGCAAGUAAAAACUAAUUAAACUGUUUAUUUUAUAAUUAUUAGUAAUUAAUACAGUUCAAUUAUUAAUAAGUAAAUCAAAUAAGUUUCUAAAAACUGUUAAAAACGUAUUUAACAAAUAGUGGAUUGUAUUAGUAAACAUAGAUAUACCUAUUAUGUUAAAAUUAGGAGAAAAUAGCGCGCACAAUAUGUUACAUAUUCUUCCUAUACUUUAUCAAUACUUUGCAGCAAAAUCUAAACACAAAUAAAAUUAUCAUAAUUAAUUAUUUAUAAAAUUACAUUUUUAGUUAAGUAUAGGCAACACUCGUAUAUAAACGUCAAUAGGUAAAUAUAUUAUACAUAUAUUAUUAUUUUAGAAUUUAGAUAAUUGAUCCCCUUCGAAUACCUCAUCGGCACCACCCGGUAUACACUUUAAAUAAAUAAAUAACUCUUCUAUUAUGAAAACUAAAAUAUGAUACUAUCAAAAUUUUUAAUUUACAUAUAAAUCUUAUAUUAGUUAACAUAAUUUUAAAUACGUAUUACGUAUGUUACGGUAUAUGGAUGGACAUCAAUAAGUGAAUUCAAAAUAGAUAUUUUCUUUCUAACACCAAUUUUUAGUCCAUCAAUCUGAUUGUUGUAGUGAAGUGAUAUGAUUUUCAUUUAGCGUGAAGUGUAUAAGUGUGAUCAGUUAGGCCACUCUUCUGAUUAACAGUUCUAACAUUUUUAAAAAUAUAAAAAUAUAAGUGAAAAAAAGACCAGUUCGAUCUCAUGUAAAAAGAGUGUAUUUCAGAAUUUCAGUUUUCAGAAUUCUCACUUAUUUUCACUACAGUGUCGUAACUAGAACAUUUUUUUUUUUUUUUGGGAGGGGGGAGUUGAUAUGAAUAUUUGUUAAAAAUAUCAAGACAAAAUCAUAAAUAACAUAUACUAAUCACAAAAUUAUAUUAAAACUAUAUUUAUUACCUACCGAACAAUUAAUUUUCCUAACGGACACCUCUAAAUAGCGGACAUUCAAAUAGCAACCGUUUUUUGGGGAACGGGGAUAUUUUCACUACUUGCAUACAUGAAAGCCUCUAAAUAUAAAUACGGGACAAUAAAUAACGGACACUUUCACCCUCUAAAUAGCGGAUAACUCAGAAUAACGAACACAAUUUCAGUGACCGUGAGUGUCCAGUAUUUAGAGAUCUGACCGGGAAGGUACUUGAAGGAGAUAAUUUUUCGAUUUUCCCAGGAGUUUUCCUAAUAAAUGAGAAAAAUCGGGAAAAAACCUGAGAAAAUCGGUAAAAUAUUAAACAAAUAUUAUUAAAGAAUAAAUAUAAAGCCUAUUUAAUUGUUUUACUAUAAUAUGACAUAAAUAUUGUCGACAAAGCAUCACUAUCAACUGAACUACGCUCAGAAUCGUUUUUUGUUUGCAAUGGUUUAUUAUUGCUUACAGAUAUAGAAUAAAUUCCCUUCUGUAUCUUACCUUCUCAACUUCCCGCCCACAACAGUGGUUGCGCCCAUUCACAUUACCCUAGGACGACUUUUUUUGUUAUUUUAGAUAUAUAGGCCCAGCAAUGAAAGUAUUAGUUUUAAUAUGAUGUGUAUUUUUUUUUUAUAUCUAUAAACAACUUUUCUACUAGAAAUCAUGCUCCAAAUUAUAGAGUAUAAUACUUUUCUGAAAGAAAAUUUUGUCUAGUUGGUGCAUUUAAGAGGUUAAAAAUAAUUGUUUAUUUUUGUUUUGAUUCAAUUAAAAAUAUUUGCAGAGACUUGAAAUUUGGACAGAAAACUUAUAUUUGCCUUUUCUAGACACGGUAAAAUUUUCAAAACAUCGAUGAGCUAUUUAUAGACAUUUUAAUUAAACAAAUCUUGUACGUAAUUUUUAUUCGGUAAGUACUUUGUGGAUAAACUUAUUAAGACUAAAUAGCAAUAUUUGAAAAUUUGAUAAGAAGUUCAUUAUAAAUCGUAUUUAGUGGUCAAACAAAAAAAAUUGAGUAUAAUGAAGAAUUUUUUUUAUACACAUUUUGACAAAAAUCGUAAAUAUUACAAUCUUCAAAAACAUGUGUAACGGAACUCCGCUCAGAAUCGUUUUUCGUUAACAAUGAUUAAUCGUUGUAAUAUUCCCCUCUAUAUCCUAGCUUGCCAAAUUUUCACUUAAAAUAGUGGCCCACCUACCAUGCGAAGUAUGUCUGUCUUUUUUUUCCUGUCUGUUAACAACUUUUUUACCAAAGAUCAUUCUUCAACUAAAAAAUUAUAAUAGAAGUUUUACGUAAUAUUUUAAAUCUAGAAGAUCAGCAUCAGUAGAUUGCAUUGUAUGUGUAAACGACAAAAUACUUAAUCCACCGCUAGCUGCCAUAGACCUAUAGUGUCAUUUUAUAGUUGGAAAAUAGCAUAAUGUCUAACUUCGUAUUUGUAUACUUUAUACACACUAUCAAUCUAAGAGAAUCAAUGAUUGAUUGUUCUAAAAUUGUGUAAUUUUCUCAAAAAUUGAAUAUUGUUAAAUAAAAUUUUUUGAGAAAAAAAACAAUAUGUAACAUCUUAAAAUAAAUACAAUUAAUUACCACAGAGAUUUCUCUUCUUUUUUUUCAAACGAAACUCUCGGUAUAAUAAAUAUAUUUUAAUGUAAUAAAUUGUUUUUAGACAUCCAUCUUGAUACGCUCUAAGUUUUUUAAAUUUUAUUUUACUCGGAGGAAUACCACAUAAAAAAUUAUGAUAAACUCUGAGAGUUCUUUAUAAUCAUCUGUCAAUAAUGUGGUCAAUAUUGUAUGGUUUUCAAAAUCCAGUAAAAUAUUGUAAUCAUUUCCUAACAUAUUAAUAAUUACUUCAUCCGUGAUUCCUGUAAAUAGUUUUUAUGGUUUAUUUCAGCCCACUUUCCAUGUUUAAACCAUUUAAAUAAAGGUAUAUCCUUAGGUUUAAAAAUCAAUGAAAUAUAAUAUACUUUGUAACAACUGCAGACAAAACUUUUUCAGAAAUUUGAUGUCUACAUCUAAAAAAUAAAAUAUCUCGUCCUAUAUCUUUCAUUUGAGUAACACGCAGAUGCCACAGUCUUUCAGUAUUUGACACGGUUGUGUCAAACACAAAUGUUUGUACUUUAUCUGUUGACUGUUAAUAAUCUAUUACACCAUGGAAGAUAUUUCCAAUUACUCAGUAUACAAUUCUAGAAUACCUAAUAAUUGUUCCACACUUGGACUUUUUUGUAUGGUCGCUAAUCUAUGAACUAAUUUUCCAGAUUUUUUAUUUUUUAAUAAUUUGGUAUCCCAAUAAAUGAAUAUAGACUCAACAUUUAAAUUGGAAAAUGAUUCUGUUACUUGCUUAUUAUUAGAUUUUCGAUAGAUGUUCAGGUUCUGUUUUCUGUGAGAAGUUCCUUAUCACAUACAUACUUAUACAGUUAAAUCAGUUAUUUUUAGAACAUAUUUUUACUAAUACGGUUUAACUUUACAAACAAAUGUAAGGAUAAUUUUUUUUAGGAAAUAAAUAAUUCGUACUACCAUAAUGAUGGUAAUCAAUUUUUCAUAAAAUAAAAAUUUAAGUAUAGGUAUACGACAAAAUGUGAAAUUUAAAUUUUUUUAUUUAUAAUUUUGAGUUUAUGUCGCUAUGUGUUAAUUAUGUUUGAUCAACCUCAAACAUUUACAGAUACUAUUUAUAGACAUAUUAGAACAAAUUCCCGGUCGAUGCUCUUCAAAAUUAAUAACUUCAAAAAUAAGUGGCACACUAAGAACAUCAAAAAUGUUCAAUUUAAAGGUUUUGGUGUCUCUAAUUAUUUUUUUUCUGGUUUUUGAUAAUGGAACGACUUAGGUAAUUAUUGUAUUUAUAUCAUUAAAUUCUGAGUUAAUGAAAUAAUCAUAUAGUACUGAAAUAAUCAGAUAGAUAGCUAUAGGUAAAUAGGUAUAGUAAGAAUAAACCCGCAACCCGAAAUGUGGCCUUUUUGCUCUAAAUAAAUAAGAAUAUUUCUUGAAAACAUGAAUGGGCGCGUCGUUAACAAUUUGUCCACAUAACGAAUCAUAGCCUUCUAGCAUUAAAACAUUAACAAAUUCGUACUGUCAAUGAAAUAACGUCAUAUAGUUAGAAAAUGCUCUCCUGAACAAUUUAGAAUUUUCGAUAUAUAAUCCUCUUGUACUAAAAGUGCAAUAUGAUAAAGUAUAAAGUGAUAUUACACAAAAUAAUUUACAGUUGCUUUAUAAGGAGUAGGUAUUGACAGGAAUAUUUUAACAUAAAGGUGUGAAAAAAACUAUUUGAUGUCUUCUUAAGACUUAGCUAUAUAAAUAAUUAGGUACCUAAUGUUAUGUCAUAUUUGUUUUGAAAGUAUAAUUAUGACACUGUAAUUUCGUAUUAGAUUGCGUUUAGAAGGAGAGAUUAUUGUACAUUUUUAAUCAUAAAAAUAAAAAUUGAAGUAAAUGUUUUCUAUAAUUUAGGUGAAUAGAAGUAAAACAAGUAUAUUGUCGUACAUAUACUAUAUUAUAUCUAAUUUAAAAUAACUUUCAAGUUUAAGAAACUUAAAAUAUUGACAUUGAUAAAAUUAUUAUUUAUUAUAACUAGGUACAAAUAAUAUGAAGUCGAUAAUUAUAAUUAUAAAUAUUGGUGUCCUUUUUUUUUGUUCGUAAACAAUUUACAUGUAUAUGUCGUAGAACAUAUAGAAAAUUACUCUUUGCAAUGGGGUAGCCCGUUUGCAAACUACUUAUUAUUUUUCCAAACGGUCUACUGUUUUCAGGCUCAUUGCAUACAGACUAAUAAAAGUUAAAUUUUUUAAGAACUAUAAUAAUUAUAAUGUAGUAAUAACUAUUUUAUUUAUUUUAUUUUAUGGGUAAUUUAUUACUUUUACAAAAAAAAAAAAGAUCAAUAGAAUUAUUAUAACAUGUAAACUAAAUAGUUUGAAUAAGUAUAGUACUUAUUGUAUAAUAUAAUAUUUAUUUUAUAAACUGUAUUAAUGGCAAGUAUCAGUGAAGUUUAGAUUAUUUUAAAGUUUUUGACAAUUGUAUAACUAGUUUUAUUUUACAUUACUAAUAAAAAAGAAAAUAUGUAAAAUAUUUACUUAUUGUUACAUGUAAAUUUUUCGUGUUAUAUUUUUUAUUUAUAUUUAUAAAUUAAAAUAAAAUAUAUUUAUUUAUAUUUUAUUUUUUAUUAGUAAUAAAAAAUAAAACUAGUAAUACAAAAGUCAAAAACUUUAAAAUAAUCUAAACUUUUCUGAUACUCGCCAUUGAUACAGUUUAUAAAAUACAUGUAAUACUAUAAUGUGUAAUAAUAAUUAUACAUAUACUUAUUCAGUUUACAUGUUAUAAUAUUUCUGUUGAUUUUAUUAUUUUUUAAAGUAAUAAAUUAAGUACCCUUUAAAUAAAAUAAGUAAAAUAGUUGUUACUAUAUUAUAAUUAUUGUAGUUCUUAAAUGGCCUAACUGCUGUCAGUCUAUAUGCAAUAAGCCUGAAAAACAGUAAGUCUUUUUGAAAAAUAAUAAGUAGUUCGCAAACGGACUACUCCAAUGUAAAGAUUCUAAUCUUUUCGCAAAAAGAUUAAUUUUCCAUAUGACCUACGACAUAUAUAUACCUAUAUAUAAUUAUUUAUUAAAUUUCUUAUUAUAUUAUCAAAAAAUUAAUACGUAGAUAGAUUUAUAAUCACAUAAAAACAUAUCACUACAAACCUAAGUAAACCCUUUAAAAUAGUUAAAUAGGUAAACUACACACAUAGUAUUAUAUACUAUUUAGUCAACUUCGGACUUUUAACGUAGUAAUAGAAUCAAUUUUUGUCUUAAUUAUAGGCGAUUCGAACAAAUGGCGAUUUUCCAAAGAACAAUUCAAACCCUUUCCAGCUGACUCUCAGUUAUUUUGAAAUUCAAGUGAUGAUCAAGUGUGUUCGUAAGUAGAAUCGCACGGAACCAUUGUAUAUAUAUGACUGAGAUCGUUUUUAAAAACUUUAGAAUUAGAAAAAAAAUAACAUCGAUUAUUUUGUACACAUUGUACAAACAAUAUUUUACAAUUUAUAUAUAAAUAUAAAUCCACAUUAAUAUGUAUACUGUAUAUAGGCAAUAGGCAUUAGCGUUGACGAUUAAACAUUUAUCUAUUAUAUGAAUGCACAUUUUGCGUACAGUGUCUAAUUAGCAAUUGCCAUUAGUUAUAACUUAUGAUUUAAAAUGUGUAGAUACCUGUAAAGUAACAUUAGUUGCCACUUAUGUAAAUUAGGUCAGCAUUCAUUGUGUUUUAACUACCCUCGCGUCACCACUGAUACAUAAUAUUAUUAAGCACUAUUCUGCAUUUUAUUUUAUUAUAUUUUUAUUUAUUACCUUACGUUUCAGAUCCAGUGUUUUACAUGCAUGACAACGGCACAAAUAAUUCAGUGUCUACAAAUGCAGACGUGACGGAGCCGAUCAACUGAUCAAUUUUUUUUCUUACAAAAUAUUAUUAUUAUUAUUAUUAUUAUUAUUAUUAUUAUUAUUAUUAUUAGUGUUUGGUGAUGCGUUCUUAAGAUUAAGCAUUUUUUUAAACUAUCAAUUAAAAAUAACUCCCGUAGUUUACAAUAUGUAAGACUAUAGCGGCAAAGCCGUAUAAAAAAUAUGUGCCUAUAUCCUAUACUACUAUACCUAUACCUAUAAAAUUAUAACCACACUCAUCAACCGUUUAUGUGUUAAAUAGAAUAUAAAAGUUAUACUUUACUGUUUUUUACAAAAUAAUUGUUAAUAUGCUAUCGUAAAUACGAUGACUAUAUUAUUAUAUAAGCAUGCCUGCCUUUAAUCUGUAUACGAACUUAUGAAUUUAUUGCAUUUAUUCCAUUUCAAUUUUUAAUAGAACACGGAAUAUAGUAUUAAGUUAAAUAAAUAAAUAAAACACAUUAUUUAGUUUUCUAUAAAUAUACAAACCAAAGACAAGUAUAAGGAGAAUUGAUCAAUCAAAAUGUUUAAACCGUAUUAGGUGCCCUUUUUUUUCAAUAAUUUUCUUUUUACGUUAUGAUUAAUGAGAGAUAAAAAUGUCAAACGUUUAUUGUUGAAUAUCACCAAAUUUAUCCGAAUACAGAACUAUACGGAUAUCAGUGUACCAUUUGCAGUAAAUUAUUCUAUUAAAAUUGUUAUCAAAUAAAACAAAAUAAAAUUUCUAAUCUAAAAAAUCAAUACCUAAUCAAUUUCAUAUCAAACUUUUAAACCUAAAUCAUUUUUUAUGUACAAAUAUUGUCAAAUGAUAAAAGUUUGAAAAAAUUAAUCUAAUUAUUACAAUAAUAAUACAGCACAUAUUAUAGUCCUCCAACAUUAAAUUGUCUAUCAUACAUUUACCUAUUACAAAGUAUACGUUUGUAUAUAUUUAAUUUUUUACGCGAUGUUCUAAAAUAUAUCUUAUAUUUUUAAUAUGUAGGUGUAUCUAUUAAAUCCAAAAUAAUUUAAACAUUUAGAUAUGUAACAUUGCUUUUUAUUAAACUCCUAAAGUUUUUGAAUAAGGUUUAGUUAACCUAUACUUGACAAACUGUAAAAUGCUCGUUCAAUUCAAUGCAUAGGUUCAAUCUUCAUUUAAAACUAUUUUUGACAUGCGACAGUAUACGUAUUUCUAUAUCUACCUACAAUACCUAUACCUACUUAAUUGAUGUGCAUUUAUUUAUUUUAAGUUGAGUUUACAAUAGGUACUUACUUUGUUAUUAUGGAACAUUUUUAAGUAUUUAACGCAUAAUUUAUUUUGACAAUAUAAUC